AUCGCUCAGGGCGGAGCGCGCGCAGCCAGGCGGGGGCGGGUAAGACGCCGGAGCGCUUUCCCUUUGGCAAUCUCGGCCGCGCACGGAGCCCCGGCCCCAAAAUGUCUGCUUUUGGAGGGACCCAGAUGCAUGCAGGGGGGAAUGGCGGGAGCUCUAGCGGGAGCCUGGCGAGGGGAGAGGGCGCUCCGCGCGGGCGGAGGGCGACAGGGGGCGAGCGCGGGGGGGGGGAUGGCGGCGCCUUCAGAGGUGCGCGCCUCCGGGUGUGUUGGGUGCCGGCGGGGGGGGGGGAUGUUGUUUCUCUCCAGUGAUGCAGAAAGGGGUGCGGAGCGAGAGAGGCUCGCCGGGGUGUCUUCCCUGGACCGACUGCCACACACACACACGGGGGCUGCAGAUGGAGGAGAAGGAUGCUGCCGGGCUUGGCGAGCGAAGGGUUGGAAACCGAGCGAGUCAGGGAGGCAGAAGAUGGGGUUGGGAAGAGGAGAUUAUUUUUUUUCCCGGGUGGGUGGGGAGAAAUUUCGUAAAAAGGGGUGUAGCGCUGAAAAGAAGGGUGGCAGAGCUCCUGAAAUGUGCACAUGUCCGUUUUUCAGAGAUGAAAAAACGCUGGGUGGUUUGGUUUGGUUUUGUAAUUCCCUCAAAUUCCUCCCAGAGAGGUAUCUGGGUUGAUUCCCUGAAAGUCUCCAGCCGAUUCACACCCCUCAAAUCUCUAAUGCAUAAAGAUCAUUGCAACGUGUAGAGCCAUUUAAGAAAAAUGUUGUGGUCUUUUUUUUAAGCGCUUCCAAAUCUUGGAUUAGAACUCUUUCCUUUUAAAUAAUCAGCAACAACCCCUAACGGAAUUUAACAUGCCACCAAUUUCAGAAAGAGGGAGGGGGUGAAAAGAGGAGAAACACCCGCUGAAUCUCUAGUAGCUGCUUUGGUGUGAAGGGGACACCACGGAGGGAUGGGAGGGGUGGUGAGAGGGGGUGACAGACAGCCUCUUUGCCUUUCAUAGGGAGAGCCAGGCAUGCUUGCCCCCUUUCUAUACCAGGCAGAGCCUCUCCUGGCUGAACGCCACCCAGCCACCCUCUUCAUGCAUUCUGCGGCAUCAGCAGGGGGGCUUGGACUUGGCCAGAUUCUUCUCCCCAUUUCUGUGAAAAUGUUGGGGGGGUGUUGAGAUUGGAGGAAAGACACACACACAGAGAGAGAGAGACUAGGCUACAGCUAGCAGGUUCCUUGCCAGCCUGCUUAGGCUAGAAGGGCAGCAGAGCAUCUCUGCCCAGGUAGAAUAAAAAUCUGUUGCCCACCCACCCAUAGCUGAUACGCUGACGGAGUGAUUGAAAUCUUCAGUUUUUGCUUAGAGUGUCCUGGCAGAAUUGCUGACUCUGCCAAUAGGCAUGUGUGUGUGUGAUUUGGGGGGGGGGGGCGACGACAAUACACAGGGUAAGGAGAGAAGGGUGGCAGAUUGUGAUGGAUGGGAUCUUCCUUUCAAAGUCAGCUCUCCCUCCAUCUUUCUCUCCAGGAAGCCAUGAGAUCUGAUGUCUCAACACUCUUUUCUGCUUACCUCUCAGCUUCUAGGAUUCCUUUCCUUCCAGUCAGCUUCUGGUCUCUCAGGAGAAUUUUUAGGUGGAUGGGCUACUCAAGUCAAGACCACUACUUCCAUGCUCUUUUAAAAUUUGAAUUAAUGGGAUCUUUCUUCAAAGAGUUGUAAAAUGUUUUAGUUUCUUAAUUUCUAUUAUAGCAUUAUAUUAGGAAGGUCUCCAGGGGAGUAGUGAAGGGGUAUUGGGCACUCACCCAAAAUUUUGCCUAUGAACCCCAGCAUAUAUUUGUUUGUAAUUUGUGUGGCAAAAUCCUUACUCCCUUCAUAAUGGCCUUUGUACUUCUUCACUUCUCCAGUCUAGCUUUCCAGCAUUGGCCCUGAAAAGUUAGCAACCUGCCUUUGUGUUUCUGUACUUCAUUCAUACUAUGUAUGUUAAAUUGGAAUCAAUCAGAAAAUUAUUGUCACAGGGAUGUGGUUAUCCCAUAGCAUUCUCCAUUGCCCAAUCUCUGCACUGCUUCUGCUCCACACCUCCUUUUUGCCAUUCAUAGCCUAAUCCCUAUGCAUAGUUAGUCAAAAGUAAUUCCUUAUGAGAACACAGGAGAGGAGCCUCAGUUCUGCAUCAGAAAAGUGGUUUCUUCUAUGAUCAUUUGUGGAAAAGUAAGGCCUGGAUUUAAACUAAACCAAAAGCUGCGCUCAAACUCCUAGAAUCCUUAAACUUUCAAUUUAUGAGUGGGCAGUCUGUUGUAAUUCUUUGGUGAUAGAGAUAUACUCUAUACAUGUUCUGAGGCACUCUUAGUUCAUAUGUUCAAGGGCCAAAUCUUGGCGUGGUAAAUAGAUUCUGGGUUCAGCCCUGGUCAGGCUAGUCUCAAACUAAACUCUCACCCCUCUUACUCAGAAUACUAUAAGUGUCAGGAGACUAAUGAAACGUCAAAACAAAACUAUAAUCUGUUCUUAUCAGUUUUUUCUUCUCUCAAUAACUUCCUGGCUCCUGUAUCAUGUGUGUCCCUUGUAGCUGAAUGGGUGAAGGGACCCCAUAUGUCUUGUUUGAAAAGCAGAACGUGAAAGAUGCAUAAAAAUAAAGCAAAGCAAAGCUGUGUGUUGGAGGUGAAGUGGAGGCUAUGGAAGUUCUAACAUACUGCAUGAACCAGGCCUAUAUUUAUGGCAUGCCCAAGCAUUGUCAGUGUGGAAUGGACCAGAGAGUGAGGGAUUUUUUUAUUUAUUUCAAGAGCCACAUUCCCUGAGCGAUAAUUUACCUGGGGCAGUAUGCCAGUAGUGGGGAAGGAACCAAAAGUGGGAAGAGGUUACAGGAUUGCAUGGUCCGCACACUCUUUCUGUGCCACCCCUUCUCUCUCCUCUGUCUUUUUCUCUUACAUGCACAUGCACAUGAUCUGUAAGAAGAAUCAGUUCUGGGUAUCUAUCCGCAGCAUGCAUAAGAAUGUAUUAAAUAAGUCGGGGGGGGAUCACUGCCCUAAAAAUUCACUCCUUUAUACUGGAUAGCAAAUAAAAUUAUAACAGAGAAAUGACUUGAAUUCAUGUCUUUUCAACAGGAACAAACAUCUCUCUUUUGCAGUUUCCAAUCUUCCUGGCAUAACUGCCAUGGUUAGUACAUAAGUAGCCCCAUUUCUCUCUCUCUCUCUCUCUCUCUCUCUCUCUCUGUGUGUGUGUGUGUGUGUUUGUGUGUUGACAUUUUCAUGAGCUUCCUAAGGAAGGACUAGUUUAACUUCCCCUCUUAUCCCUACCUUGAAAUCAGAAGUAUUGGGAUUGAAAGGCACGCCAUGCAUUCUCUAAAUAUAGGACAUGCCACAAAGAGGAAAUAGAAUGCCCUCCAUGUUACCUUGGCCUGCUCCUUUGCCCCUAGCUGUCAGGGGGAUAUGCUACUUAUCUUGGAUGCUGGCUGGAGCUCUGGGCUCAGGAGGUUAUAAGCCUGUGGUUGAACCUCUGGUUGGCCCACUUUGUUGAUAAACUGCUUGGCACCUUUCUUCCUCUAUUCCAUUCAGUCAAGAUGGCUUCUUCCAGACAGUUCUAGAAUCUAAGCAGAAAGAACUAAGUUGUGUGUCAGUGAAGGAACCCAACGAAUCUUCACUAGGUAGAGGGAGAAUGGAGUUUGAGGAAACAGUGGAGAACAAUGGAAGGAAGAGCUUCUAAUGAAGAUUCAGGAACCAUAUUUUCCAAUCAAUACUGUGGUACCUCAGGUUACAAACUUAAUUCGUUCCAGAGGUCUGUUCUUAACCUGAAAACGUUCUUAACCUGAGGUACCACUUUAGCUAAUGGGGCCUCCCACUGCCACUGCCCAGCUGCUCCGUGAUUUCUGUUCUCAUCCUGGGGCAAAGUUCUCAACCCGAGGUACUACUUCUGGCUUAGCGGAGUUUGUAACCUGAAGUGUUUGUAACCCGAAGCAUUUGUAACCCAAGGUACCACUGUACUUCAUCAAACUUCCUUGGUCUUCAGCUUAGUUUCCUGGUGGUCUGCCCUAGAGCAGGGACGUGGUACCUGUCAUCCUCCAGAUUUUAAUUUUUGUUGGACUCUGGCACGACACCCAUCAGCCCCAGCCAGCAAGUUUAAUGGUCAGGGAUGAAGAGGGCUGGUAGUUCAGCAUUGGCUAUGUUGGUUGGAGUUGAUGGAGGCUGCUCUAUUCUAAGAGUCAUCCAUCUUCCUAGCUCUCAUAUAUUUGGUUAGCUCUUGUCUUGCUGAUCAGUUCUAUGCCAUGAUCGUCUGCAGAGGAAACCCCUCACUAGAAAACAAGGACAAUAUUUUUUUACAAGUGUGUAAGAAUAAUGAUGUAGCUGCUAGAGUAGUGACAUUCAACUACAGAGACCCGAGUGCAAAAUCUCUGCUCAGACACAAAGCUUCCUGGGAGACUGCUGGCUAGUUAUUACCUCCCAGGCUAUAAUAAAAAACCUUACAGGGUUGUUGUAACAAUGAAAAAUCAGGGUAAAAUCUGCAUUCACUGGAUUGUAUUGCUCUGUUAAUACAAGUCUUGUGUUUUUAAUUGGCUUGCAAAGAGUUGCAGGGUACAUGUAUUGUAUAUGCUAGGUAGAAGGGGUUGCCAACUUGUCUGGACGUUGGUUUUAAUAGCAGCAUAAUACACAGGAAUCAGUAGGUGAAGCUUUUUAGAAGAAAGGAGAUAAGCAAAAUAGUAGCAACCUGGUAAAUGUUACUGGUAACAUGUGCUGGCGGUGAAUAUUGAAUUGAAGAGCCACCUAUAACCCUUGACAAUACUCAAUAGCCGUCUGUUUCAGCUUCUAAACAUGGCCUUUCAUGACAAAUCAAACAUUUGGGUUGACUUACAAGACAAUACAAAUAAACUUGACAGCAUAUUCUAGGCGGGGGGGGGGGGUUGAGAGAAUUUGGUGGUGAUUUUGGAUCUGAGUGACUGGCAUCUGCAAUGGAAUUUUGUAGAAAGGAGACUCCAGAAUACUUUCACCUUGAAUUUGGCUUCCCAUUACACACAGCUAUGCUGGGCCUAUUCAGCAGGGUCCAGGCUUUGGUGUGUGGUAAAGUUAUCAUCAGUGCAUGCCUAGAAGUCAGCAUUCCUCAUUCAUGGUGCUGAUCUGGCCAUCGCUGUCUAGUCAUCCAAGGCUCUUGUCUAUGCCAUGCAGCAGGCCCAGGAAUGCCCCAAAUGUGCAAGGAGGAGGCUUCUAAUAUUGUUGUUGUUGUUAAAGAGUAAAUAGGAUGCUGUAGGCAGCAUCAUCUGUGUUCUGCAGUUUCAAUCCACAAAUGCAGCAUUUUUCAAUAAUCAGAAGUUUCAGCACAUCAGCUUUUUAUUUAAAGUAUUUUAAAAGCAAGUUUCUGUCUUUUAAGGCUGCAAAGAUGUUUUCAAAAACAUGGGGUGAACCAAAAUCCCAGCAACUUGAGAAGAGCAGAAUUUCUGUGAAUGGUCAGACUGGUUUUCAGUUAUCCUCAUAGCUCUUGCCCCUUACCAUGACUAGCAGAAACAAAAUAUAUUUGGUAAAAUAUAUAAACACAUGAAGAUGUAUAUGGGAUGGAGAAUCCAGCUUUUAUUGGAACAGAAUUGAAGGGAGAAUUUAACUUUUUUUUAAAGAAAGAAAGAUAGAACACAGUUAUCAGAUGCAUUGGCAAUGAUGGAUCAAAACAUCCACGCAAAGCUAUGAGCAGCCUGGUCCUGUAGCCUUAUGAGGCUUUGGCCUCGGGUGGGAAAAAUAUUGUGCCCGUCUGAACAUGCUGAAAACCCCUUGGCUUCUCACUCCCCCUUUCCUGGGAAUAGUCCCAAGACAGCUUUCUGUUCAUGCUCAGAGGAACUCAUGGGCAGGACUCUGGAAGAAGGAGGAGAAAGGGGGAGGGAACUGGAAUGGGAAUAUAUGCUUGUGCACAUGACUGUGAACUCGUGCAUGCUUUUUGUGAGUUAUCACACUUGCUCCUUCUACCAGUUCAUGGAUGGUAGAAAUAAAGCUUUUUCUCUGAAACUAUUCCUUGAGUGUCUGUUGACUCCCACUUCCCUUUCCCGGGCGCAAUAUUUUUCCCACCUGAGGGCAAAGCCUCAUAAGGCUACAGUCCUAUUGAUCAUUUUUAUCUACCACAGCACAAAAAGUGGUUUGCACCCUGAAAAGUGAAGCAGUGCCUUCUGCUGAGCCUGCUUUUCUGAGUAUCUACAAAUGGUGACCCACCAAACUAGCAUCAGCCCAGAUAAACCUGAUAAACCUUCUGUUUUUUGCUGCUUGCCUGACAUUACUAAAACAGGAUUGUCCAACAGCUGCCAAGCUAUGUGUCUGAUGGCAAGGAUGCAUUUCUUGGCACAAUGGAAGAACCAGAUAGAUGCCUUCUUAAAACUUUUCACUCAGUCAUUUCUUUUGGGGUGAUCCAACUAUAUCGAUUUAUUAAUCCAACCUACAGGCUUGUGAUGUAUUUUGUAUUUAUUUUCUGGGUGUUAUUUUGUUGUUUGCUUUUCACCAUCAUGACAUUUUCUUGAUGUUGGCAAUGUAGACAUUUUUGCAAAUAAUUAAAUAAAUAGGAGGGAGGAAGAGUACUUCAUUGUCAUUGCUGCAAGUAGGCCGCCGGCAACCAGAUUUUUAAAGGCACCAAUGGCAGUUAGGUUCUUGGAUUCUUGCAGUGCUGGCUGGCGAGUUGUGUUUCAGUUGGUGGAUUUCAAAUUGUGCAGACCGUGUGUGGAAUCUUUGUGCAAAUGAAAACAAGGCUCGGUGGUCCAAUGAACUAGGACAGAGAUGAGCGCCCCCAUCCUAUAAUGUGAGGCUUAGUUUAAAUACUUCAUUAAUAGGGCUGUGAGACUUGAAGUCUCCUGUUCACAAAGUAUUUAAUUUAGUGCACUGUAUUAAAACUACUUUGGUACCACUGAAUUUGUUUAAUCUAAAUUGGCAUACAUGGCUUGCACUGUUUGCCUUCUGCCUUCCACCCAUCUUCAUGAAGACUGAAUCUGAAAGACAAAUAAGAAUCCAGAUUAAAUAUUAAAGAAUGUCUUAAAAUGGAGAAUUUAUGUGUGAACUCUUGACAGAAAAUAGCCUGAUAUGUGGGGUUAGAACUAUUGGAAAGGUGCCCCAUCAAUAUCCUUUCACUUUGCUUUGUAAUGAAGUAAAACCCCUCAGGAAUGUAACUGCUGCCUUAUCCUGAGUCAGACCAUUGGUCAGUUUAGCUCGGUGAUGCCUACACAGGCUGGAAUCAGCUUUCCAGGGUUUCAGACAGGCGACAUAAGAAUAUAAGAACAUUAGAAGAGACUGCUAGAUCUAGUCAAGGGCCAUCUACUCCAUCUUCCUGUUCUUGCGGUGGCCAACCAAUUGAAUUGCCUGUGAGAAAUCUGCAAGCAGGACUGAGCACAAGAGCCCUCUUCUCUCCUGCUGUUUCCAGCAACUGGUAUUCAGAAGCAUUACUGCCUCUGACUGUGGAGGCAGAGCAUAGCCAUCAUGGCUAGCAGUCAGCCUUACUUAAGUAUGGGACCUUCGCCGUACAAAGCAGAUGCUCUGCAACUAAGAAAUUACUUUAUAAUGGAUUUAACGUUGAAAAAACUAAACCCGAUAAAGCAAUUUAUUGAAAAGGAGUGUUCAUGCCAACAAAUUGGAAUAUGUGGGUUAGUCUGAGGCAAUGAAUGCUGGCAUUAGCCCUGUUCAGAUAUUCAUUAACCAACAAAUGAGCAUAUGUUAUUGUCUCGUGAGUGUUGCAUCCCCUGAGCCUAUCCUGCACUGAGCCCAAGCAUAUCCACCUACAAUCUGGACUUGGCGCCUUUAACUGCUACUGAUAUACCACCCUCUCUGCUGCCCAGUGGCUUCCCUUACUGGCUGAGGGGGUCUCAGGUGUGAUAUUUGACAGACUCAGGGUCUUAGACUUGGGGCACUUCAGUCCCAAAGUCCAGCCCUACUGUAUAUGGCGAGGGAAAGGCUCUUGGCAUGAAUUUUGGUAGAGAAGAAAGCAUGGUCGAUAGUAUAAUGGAGAUGUGUGGAGUCCUAGCAUAGGGCUUCCAUAUCCUUUGAUCAUAUCCUCAGUCAUACCUUGGUUGUCAAAUGCCUUGGUACUCGGACCUUUUGGCUCCCGAACGCCACAAACCCGGAAGUGAGUGUUCCAGUUUGCAAACGUUUUUUGGAAGCUGAACGUCCGACGCGGCUUCCACUUGAGUGCAGGAAGCUCCUGCAGCAAACCGGAAGCCACGUCUUGGUUUUUGAACCAUUUCGGGAGUCGAACGGACUCCCGGAACGGAUUAAGUUCGACAACCAAGGUACCACCUUAUAUUUAAUAAGUGGAUUGCCACUAUAUUUAGUGAUUCCUCCUUUGUGAUUAAUUUAUAUGGCUGGAUCAAGAUGGGCCACUUCUGAGAGCUAAAGGCGCUUUCUUAAAGGUGGUUCAAGCCAUAUCAUUCCACCUUAAACAUCUGUAGCUUUCCCCAAAAUCCUGGCUGGGGACAGUAGUUUGUUAAGGAUGCCGAAACUCCUAUUCCCAUCACAGAGCUACAGUUCCCUGGAAAGAGGGAUUGACUGUUAAACCACUCUGAGAAUUACAGCUCUGUGCAGAUGAAGCCUUCCUAGGAGUAAGCCCCAAUGAACACAUGCCCAUUUCUUAACUUGGCUAGUGUUGUUGUACAUAAUGAAAUUCUGACUGUAUUCAAGUAUGAGUGAGUAACAUAGAGAAUGAGAGUAGCAAACAACAAAUUAAGACCCUUCAGUAUAGUGUGUGUGUUACAUCUUUCAAAAAAUUGUGGUGCAACAUGCCCCUGAACCUUUUAGUAGUGGAUUACUCAUAUAUCUCAUGAACUGCUAUAUUAUUCUUUCCUUCAUCACCAUUUAACAUGAAGCCUGUCCCCAUUUUCCCUUGUAUGUUUCAUUUGGCUUUGAAUAUGACCCUCCAGUAGCUGACCGGCUUCGUCCAAUGAACAAAUUACAUUGCAUGAUUUCCCCAAUUCAUUUUCUCCCUCUUUUGUCGCUUUUAAAACACUUCUAAAAUGGGAGAGAACAGCCCCAGUCUGCAUCUCAGCGAAGGCAGCAGGUUCAACAGAUGUUGCUGAGUUUGUUCAGUCGGGCGUUCUCAAUAACUGCAAAACUGCUAAUUGUGACAGGCAGCAGAUUUUAUAACCUUGUGCUGGCAUCCAGUUACAGUGUUCCCUGCCUAAAUCAGCUUUGCCAAAUGUAUUCCUACGGCUGCUGCAUGCUCAAAGCCCACAAAGACUGGAGACAGACAAAAACAAUCUUAUUUAUGUAAAAUGUUAGUUAGAUGCUCUUCAGCUGUAGCUCCCUAAACAUAACUUCUUAUUAUCUUUAAAAAAAACUAAUAUCCAGAUUUUCUUCCAUCAUGAAACCCAAGGCAGCGUAUAUACGAAUAUAAGGCAAGACUGCUGGAUCAGAACAGUUGUCCACCUAGUCUAGCAUCCUGUUCUCACAGUGGCCAGCCAGAUGCCUGUGAGAAGCCUGCAAGCAGGACAUGAGCACAACAGCACUCUGCCCACCUGCAGAUCCCUGCAACUGGUUUUCAGAGACAUGGUGCCCCUGCCAGUGGAAAUAGAGCAUAGCCAAAUGGUUCUUUUGCAUACACCCCUCCCUUCUGAGCUUACCUUCUACUUGCAUUGGGGUAAAAGCUCUAUUUACACCAAUGGAAGUUUUGCUUCUAACGUGAGUAACAGGUGUGUGGGACCUCUGUGUGACGCAAAUGGACCUCUUGCUCCACUUGCUAGGGUCGUGAUCCAGACUGAUAACUGUAUAACUGUAUGAAUGGUGUCUAAUCUCAAGGACCUCCUCUUUCCAUAUGAACCAACCCAGACCCUGAAAUCAUCUUCUGGUUUUUUAAAAAAAAUAAUAUUUAUUACUUUUCCAAAAAAUUUAAACACUAAAAAAAAAUACAAUACAAUACAUUAAACUAACAAAACAAAACAAAACAAAAACAAUAAAAUAAAUCAAACAAUUUCAUUAUCCCAUCUUUCAUUCACUUAUUUCCACGACCUCCUCACACCUCCCUUUUUGUAUUCCACUUCUGUUAAUUAUUUCAGCAAUUCCUUUCCAUCUUCCUCUGUUUUCUAUCCUAUAAUUAUCUUAACUCAUUCUAACCUUAUUUCUUCCUUUAGUACUCUAUUAUCUAUUUAUACUUAAUUCCUUAUAACAUUUCUACUAAAGCCAUGUAACUUCAUUCCAACAUUUUUCUAACAUUCAUUGAUUUUACAGUAUUUCUGUAAAUAAUCUUUAAAUUUUUUCCAAUCUUCUUCCACCGACUCUUCUCCCUGGUCUCGGAUUCUGCCAGUCAUUUCUGCCAAUUCCAUAUAGUCCAUCAACUUCAUCUGCCAUUCUUCCCGGGUGGUUAAAUCUUGUGUCUUCCAAUAUUUUGCGAUGAGUAUCCUUGCUGCUGUUGUUGCAUACAUAAAGAAAGUUCUAUCCUUCUUUGACACCAACUGGUCAACCAUGCCCAGGAGAAAGGCCUCUGGUUUCUUCAGGAAGGUAUAUUUGAAUACCUUUUUCAUUUCGUUAUAAAUCAUCUCCCAGAAUGUCUUAAUCCUUGGGCAUGUCCACCAAAGGUGUAAGAAUGUGCCUUCAGUCUCGUUACAUUUCCAACAUUUAUUAUCGGGCAAAUGGUAGAUUUUUGCAAGCUUGACUGGUGUCAUGUACCACCUAUAAAUCAUUUUCAUUAAGUUUUCUCUUAGAGCAUUACAUGCCGUAAAUUUCAUACCUGUAGUCCAUAACUGUUCCCAGUCAGCCAUCAUUAUGUUGUGUCCAACAUCUUGUGCCCAUUUAAUCAUUGCUGAUUUCACCGUUUCAUCCUGAUUAUUCCAUUUCAACAGCAAGUUAUACAUUUUUGACAAAUUUUGGAAUCUAACAAUUCUGUUUCCAAUUUUGAUUUUUCCACUUGGAAACCAACUUUUUUGUCCAAAUUGUAUGCCUCCAUUAUUUGAUAAUAAUGGAGCCAAUCUCGCACUUUAUUUUUCAAAGCUCUGCAAUUUUAUUCUGCCUCCAUCUUGAUCCAGAAUUUCCCAAUAUUUCAGGCAAGAAGCCUGAAAUCAUCUUCUGAGGCCCUCCUUCCUAUACCUCCUCCUCGAGUGGUCUGGAGGGUGGAAACACAAGAACAGACCUUCUUCCUCAGUGGCUCCCCAUCUGUGGAAUGCUCUCCCCAGGGAAGUUCGCCUGGUGCCUUCAUUAUACACCUUUAGGCGCUAGGCAAAAAUGUUAAUUUUGAUUUUAUGUAUUGUGAAAUUUUCUGUGAACCGCCCUGAGAACUCCAGGUAUAGGGCGGUAUAUAAAUUCAAUAAAUAAAUAAUCUAGCUUUGCCCUGAUCAAGGCAUCCUCAAUUUAGAAAGUUUUCUGUUGUAUAUUUUUCAGCAGAAAACCUCCUGUUUUUAUCAAUGUAUGGCUUCAUAAUAUUAAUUAAAAACAUAAUGCAGCUCCCAUACGAGUCAAGCUAGGUGGCUGGAAUGGUUACACAAUACCAGCGAAAUCCAAAAUUAACUUUUAAUUAAUUAACUUUUCUCAAGUUAAUUAAAGACAGGCACAAGAGACAGGGCCUUCUUAGUGGUGGCCCACUGCUUAUGGUACUCCCUCUUCAUAGGGGUAUUUGUGGCCACAUUGAUACCAGACUUUGUUUAUUUAAAAAAGAAGCCUUGAAGACCCACUUCUUUCACUUGUCUUUUGGUUCAGACUUGGUUUGGCUUGAUGCUGUUUUAGAAAAUAUUAGUUCCAAUCAGUUGAAUUGAGGAAGCUGGCUUUCUAUUAAUUCCCUAAAAUUGUUGCACUUCAUGAUGUUUGGUCACCAGGGGGAUGUAUUGAAGGUCAGGCUACCACAAAAAAGCAAAGAAGUGCCAGGAAUUAUAGACCCAGGUCAUGUUAUCUUUCGCACAGCCCUGCUGGGCCUGGUUGUUGCACUUCCCAGCAGGGGAUUCCCCCAAACCGAGCCUUCUGGCACAGAAUCUGCUCUGCCAUUCUCAGGGGAAAAGGAGCCGUGUUUUAGACUGGAAUGUUCAAGCGACAAUUCCUGAGUCUUUGUGCACGCACUGAUAGGUACGUUAAUAUCUGGGUGAGGAGAGGCGGAAGAGAAAUGCAGACUGAAUGAAAAAUUCAGUGAUGAGCCAUGUUUGCUGUAAUGCUGCUUUUUGAACUCGGGAGAGGUUCAUCUAGUGUACGUUUUUCUUCAUGGCAAGAUCAUCACAGGCUUCACACUGCUACCGUUUAAUUCCUGCCAUGCUCAGCCUCAAGCAGAUGCAAGCAGACAAUCGGACUGAUGCUGAUUUGCCUCAUUUGAAGAGCGGAUUCACUGCACGGUGCUUCUCUCCAUCAGUAAGUCCCAUUGUAACAGGCACAAGCGAGAGAGCAGGUUCAGUGCAUUUAUUUAGUGCAUGCAUUAAGUACCUAGAUACUUGGGCAAAACCGCUGUUGGAUUUUGUUCCAGAAAUGGCAAAAUGCUAUAUAUUAGCUGGCAGUUCCUUGCGAAGUGAGAUCACAUUUUAACGUAUCGCUAAUAUAAUUUUGUUCGUACGGCAGUUCCAAACCGCUAUACUGGUCGGCAUUUAUGCGGCAAUUUAGGGCGUUCAAAGCAUUUCCUGCACAUUCUCUUGUUUGUAAUCCUGUAAUCUUGUUUGUAAUUAUAUGGCAAAUAAUCCUGUAAGGUAGAUCGGUUUUAUUCUUCUCAGAUUGCAGGGGAGGGUCUGAGUUUAUGAGAAUGUGGAAUGCCUAUAACCAUCCACUGUAUUCAAGGCAGAGGUUUGCUUCAAACAGGGUGGGGGAGGGAGGCUGAGGCUUCCUGAUUUGCCACUCAAAUCUCUCAUGGUGCUUCCAAAUGGGGGUUUAAUAAUGCAAACACACAAAUCAAAUAGAUCAUUAGAUAUAUAGAGAUAGGUAGAGAUAGAGAGAUAUAGUUGGAUUUUCUGCCAAAAGGGUAUAUCCAAAUUAAAUCAGGGGCGAGGGGAGGGAUACAAACUGGAAUUUUGAUACCAAUGGCAUCAUGUGGAAAAUGAAUAACUGGCAUGCAUGAGAAGCACCAACCACACAAUAAACACUGAUUUUGAAGCACCCUUGGUAUUUGUACAAUAUGCUGUGAGGGCAUCAGAAUUAGCGUCUCUAGGAAUUCAAAUAGCCUGAUUAUAGCUUCUUAAAAGCCAAUGUGGAGGCAGUGGUUAGAGUGCUGGACUCGAAUAUGAGAGACUAGAGUUCAAAUCCUCACUCACAAGGAAGCUCACUGGUUGACCUGGUUGGCCAGUCACUGUCACUGGUUGGCCAGUCACUGUCUCUCAGACUAACCUACUUCACGGGAUUGUUGUGAAGAUAAAACUCAGAGAGGGGAGAAACAUGUAUGACAUUUUUAUCCUUGGAAGAUAUGUGGAAUAUAAAUGAAUCUUUAAAAAUAAAUAAAUCACCUCUUUAAUACCCAAAGUGUGAAGGGAAGAUGAGAAAUUUCAGUCCUGUAGGAACGUGUUAUUCUGUAUCAGGAAUAAUCCCUGGUAGAUUCCUCUCACUUGGCUUACUUUUUUUGCGUUUUGAAAUGCCUUAUUAACAUGUUUGUUAAUGUGAGUUACAAGAGUUACCAGAGUCGGCAUUCUUCAGUCCUCUACCCUGUCCCAGGAGUCUCCAGAACAGGAGAGGGGGCCCUGCAGAUCUUGUUGGACUGCCUCCAACUCCCAUCAGCCCCAGCCAGCAAUGAUCAGGGAUGAAGAGAGUCAUGAGUCAAUCCGACAACAUCUGGGUGUCCACCAGUUCCCCACCCCUGCUCUGUAAGUUAAAUAUCUGAGUGAAGACUGGAUGCAUCUCGUCUCUAGUCCGCAUCCAUGUGACUCAGGUGUGGGAAACCUUUGGCACAUGAGACCUCAUUGUACAACAACUUCCAUCAUUGUUGGCCUUGGCCAUGAUUGCUAGGACUGAUGGGAGUUGUAGUUGUGCAACGUCUGUAGGGCCAAAGGUUAUCCACUCUCAUGUACAGCCUGCUAUAUGUGUUUCCCAAUAGGCAAAUAAAGAGGCAGACACAUAAACUAGGCCACUUUUAUAUAACCUUCAAUUAAAAUCAGCAGAAGGGGUUUGACUGUGAGGUGGGAACUGACUAUACUGGAUAACUAUAGCCUUUGGGAGACCCAGACUUGCCCAAGGAAUUAGGGAACAGCUCCCUAGCCUACUUGAUUUGAAUAUGGUUUCAGAGGAGGCCCCUACCUCCUUUUUAACCAGGCCUUUGGUUGAUCUUAUUGACAUCCAACACCAUUUUAGAAUGUGGCUUUGGGGGGGGGGGUUAUUGGGUUAUUGCUUUUGAUUUGAUCUUAUAUGUUGUGGUCUUGUUGUGAACCGCCCUGAGACCUCCGGGUAUAGGGCGGUGUAUAAGUUCAAUCAAUCAGUCAGUCAUUAAAAACAAUACCUUACCCUCUGAACUGUGGAGUCCAAAAAGUGAACCUCGGGGCCAACCGAUCACCUGAAAGGUAAUGAAAGGGUAUCACCAGGCUCAACCAAACUAUUUCUUUCCCCACACCUAAACUGCCAAAAGUGACAAAAUCAAGCAGAUUUACCUAUUUAAACAACACAGUAGUCCGACGUGCACCCUGUCAAGUGUGAAUGAAGCAGAUGGGGGGGGGGAAUCCUACAUAGUCUCCUAGUGACGACCCCAAAGCACACUGGGAAGCUGCUGCAAAACGGAGAGGCUGGAGGGAAGGCAGGCUGUUCCUUAUAUAGGGAUCAAGCCCUCCCUCCCUCCUUGGACCACCUUUGGAAUGUGCCAGUCAAUGCCAAGGGUUUUCCCACGCUGCCUCUCUUGCACGCCGCUGUCUCAGCAACAUCUGGGCUGCUUGGCGGAAUGUUCUUCAGAUGCUGCAACCGGUGAUUUAGAUUUUGAAUGAUUGAAAACACGUACUUUGUUAAACCAAAUGAACAAAUGCCCCCUUAGCUUUUAAAUGAGCAUUGGACACAGGCUCUUUAACAAAUAUAGCUCACAGCGAGCAGAGUGGAACCUACAGCAACAAGUAAUGGUGGUGGAGGAGGAAGCGUCAGGUAGUAGCUCCCAGUGUGGGAAUGGGUACAGGAAUAGGGUCCUUGGUGUGUUACAUUCAGGCUCCUGCUCUCAUCUGUGAAACAUUGCAGGGUGUGUGAAUGCCUUUGCUGAAUUUGCUUUCUUUUCCUUUCAUUUUCAGACCAAUUACCCAGUUUACCAGGAUAAUUAUGCACCCUCCUGAUAAACUCAAAAGUAUUGGCGAUCCUUCCAGUUUAGCACAGUGUACUAAUUUGAUGAGCACACUCGCUCUCUGUUCCUGAAUCCAAGUCAUUAAUAAAAAUGAUGAUCAAGCCCUGGCCUGGGAAUGAUUCCUUCGGGACCAUGCUUAACUUCGCUUAAUUAUUACUUGAUAAAUACUCAAUUGCACUUUAAGAAUAGCUUGUCAUCACGUUAUGUACAUACCUGAUGGUAGCUUCCUUUCCUGCCCCAACCACAAUCACUUAAUCAAAAUUUAUUUUUACUUACAGAGAUGCCCUUUAGAAAAAUUAGCAAGAAAAAUAGAGAGUCAACAGUAGGUAUUUUAGGAUGCAAUCCUGCACAAAAUUAGGCUCAUUGAAUCUAAUACAUGAAAUGCAUGAUUGUAUUUCAUGGAGGGGUGUCUGUAAUGUUUACUUUCAAUUCAUUAAAUUAGGAAAGGAAUUCAUGAAAUUCAAUUCCUGAAAUUAGGAAAUUCAUGAAAUUGGGAAAGGAGGUGUGUGGCGUCUGCCCUCCUAGGUGUGUGACAUCAUACUGGGUUCAUAGAGAAAGGAUUAACUAAUUGUAAAAUGACUAACCAAUGGGAACCCAGGGGGCAGAGUUAUCUGUGUAUAAGGUUUAAGCACAGAGGUUUUUUGGGGGGGGGAGUUGGAGUUAGAGUUAGGGUGGUUGAGAAGACAGUCUGGAGUUAGAAGAGACAGAUAAGAUAAGUCUGUGGGUUGGGCUAGUCUGGUGUGAGAGAGUGAGAGAAUUUGUUAAGAGGAGUCAGUCAAACAGUUGAGAUAAUCAGUCAGAAGGUAUCAGGAAGGUAUAGGCCGGUAAAGAAACUAAAGUUAAGGUACUGACAGGAAUAUUAUCGGAGAAACGAUAAACUGAGUCUGGACUCAGUGUUUUACCAGAGAGUAACUGGUUGGUGGCAGCGGGGAAGCGAGCACAGUGGUGGCACAGGGAUCAAUAGACCAUUAAACGUCCGUGGACCUUGUGUGACUGCCACAAGGUGUUAACUCUUUUAUCCUUGAUUACAAUAAAAAUCACACACGCACACCCCUCAUCUAAGUUGCUGUUGCUGAAGGAUUGAAGCCACAGGGAUUAACUGCAGGUCCAUAAGAGUUUUAGAUUUAUUUGAUCAAAUUGCUGAAUUAAACCAAAUUAGUUUAUCCACAAAAGUAAUGGGGACCACAUUGUAAUUUUUUAUGUUUAUCUAUUGCAUUUAUAUCCCACCUUUUCCUCCAAGGAGCUUAGGGUGGCAUACAUGGUUCUCCCCUUCCUCAUUUAAUCCCCACAACAACCCUGUGAGGUAGGUUAGGCCGCGAGGCAGUGACUGGUCCAAGGUCAUCCAGUGAAAUCCAUGGUCUAGUGGGGAUUUGAACCCUAGGCUCCCAGGUGCUAGUCCAACACUAACCACUACACCACAAGGGCAGGUUGCAUCUGGUUCAACAAUCUUGUAAUUGUUUACAGCAUAUUCCUCAGUGUCUUCACACAUUUCCCAGACACACAUGGUUCCACUUCCCAGAAUUUCAAUCUCUGGUUUUAAAUCUUGGUUUCUCUCUUUUCAAAGGAAAAUAAAAGUAAUAAGGGAUGCAGCCCAGCCAAAAGCACCAGAUUAUUUUAAGGUGCAAUAAAUUAAACGGGAAUAAAAAAAAAUAGGUUUGUGCCACUUACUGGAAAUGUAUGGAAUUUUGCAACUGGUGUUAUUAAUGACUAAUUUCGGCCAGUUCUGCUUGUGGUUCUUGUGGCUAUCAUUGCUGGGAGGUGAUGUUGGAUUUCAAAAGGUGUUGAAAAAGUCUGAAAUUGUGUAACUCUCCUUCUCAGACAUGGACUGAAACUAUUGAGUUUCAGAGGCCACAGGCACGUGCAGUUCUACAUGCGUAUAUCUUCCUAACAUGCAAAAAUAUGAUAAACAUUGACAUUGUUGUAUAAACACUGACAAAUCCAGAUGAAUUUUUGGCUGGCUGACAAUAGAUACGUCUUUCCUGAUACAUAUAUUUGUGAUGUAAAUUUAAAUACGAUAUUGUAACAUUUCAACACUUGUUGUAACAUCCAGUGCUUUUUUCUGGAAAAAAAUGAUCAUUUUCCUACUCAUAUUGAAAUACUGCCCUCAAUGAGGCCAAACUUAGAUUCACAAAAUGUUUAAGGGUAUGCGUACCCUAGCGUACCCCCCAGAAAAAAAGCACUGGUAACAUCUAUUUUCCUACUCCAUGUUCGUUUGGAAUACAUUGAGGUUCUACCAUCCUAAGCCUACACAGAGACAUAGAAGCAUAGUCUGACUCAGUGUAGGAAGCUGCAGUGAAAGUUGGUCCAUUAGAGCAAAAGAGACAUAAGUCUGCCCAUAGCCAGACGCUGCCUGCCUGCCUUUUUGCUUGCAACCUGAUCAAGCGAUGGCCCAGAGAGGAGGAUGGGGACAAAACUAGAAUUACCUUAUUUUUCUGUCUAUAAGACACCCCCAUGUAUAAGGUUUUCUCCGUAGUGAUGUAUGGAAGUGAGAGCUGGACCAUAAAGAAAGCUGACUGCCGAAGAAUUGAUGCUUUUGAAUUAUGGUGCUGGAGGAGACUCUUGAGAGUCCCAUGGACUGCAAGAAGAUCAAACCUAUCCAUUCUUAAGGAAAUCAGCCCUGGAAGGACAAGAUCAUGAAGCUGAGGCUCCAAUACUUUGGCCACCUCAUGAGAAGAGAAGACUCCCUGGAAAAGACUCUGAUGUUGGGAAAGAUGGAGGGCACAAGGAGAAGGGGACGACAGAGGACUAGAUGGUUGGACAGUGUUCUCGAAGCUACCAGCAUGAGUUUGACCAAAUUGCGGGAGGCAGUGGAAGACAGGAGUGCCUGGCGUGCUCUGGUCCAUGGGGUCACAAAGAGUCAGGCACGGCUAAAUGACUAAACAACAACAACAAUAUGUAUAAGAUGCCCCCUAUUUUUGGAGAUUCUGAUUUAAGAAAAUGGGGGGAGAUGGCCCCCGUGUAUAAGAUGCCCCCAAAUUUUGGACAUUAUUUUUUAGGGAGAAAACCUAGUCUUAUACAAGGAAAAAUACACUACUUGGCUCUGGGUCCACCUACAGUUGGUCCCCCUGACUUCCGCCCUUCCAGCUGUGAUAAGCACAUUUAAAACAGGACUAAAUCCCUAGCAAGUGGACACACAUGGUCAGCAGUGGAGGAAGCCACUCGGGCACCUGGGGCAGGGCAAGCCACCCAUAGCGGCAGGGCAAGGGUGGGGUGAGCCGCCCAUAGGGGUGGGGCGCACCGCGGGACCUCUGGAGUCUGCCUGCCUCCUCCCACUCAGCCGCCCUACAGCUGGGUGGGAGGCAGCGGGCGGACCAUUUGUGCAACACGAAGCCUGGCUCAGGCGCGUGGCUCGGGCGCACUGCAGGCCCCACGGUGACUGCCGCCUGGCAUUUUGUCACCCCCCCCAGUGGUGACACCCGAGGCAGACCGCACCCACUGUACCCCCCUUCCUCUGCCCCUGCACAUGGUGAAGGUCCAUUUAUCCAGCUGGGAAAGCCUGUUGGAACAAAAAUGUCUUAAAUUGUUUCCAGAAAGGGCAAGUAGCGAGUGCCUGUCUGAUCUUAACAGGAAGGCUAUUCCACAGAACAAGGGCAGCCACACUAAAAGCCCUUCCUCCAAGUUACUACUGGAGUGUGUGUAGUAUUUAUAUGCUAUGUUGAUGGUUUUCAACAUAGAACGCCCUCCCAUCAGAUGUCAAGGAGAUAAACAACUAUCUGACAUCUAGAAGACAUCUGAAGGCAGCCCUGUUUAGGGAAGUUUUUAAUGACUGAUGUUUUAAUGUACUUUUAAUCUUUUGUUAGAAGCUACCCAGAGUUGUUGGGGAAACCCAGCCAGAUGGGUGGGGUAUAAAUAUUUAUUAUUAUUAUUAUUAUUAUUAUUAUUAUUAUUAUUAUUAUUUCUUCACACUUUUGUGAAGAAGGCAUGGUUAUGAAAUGCAUUAACUAAAUGAAAUCGAUGGCUCUCUCCUGCCUCUGCUUACAGAUAACUAUAAUUUUGUUUGCUUGCUUGCUUCUAUUAGUGUAGUACAGAUGAUAGGAUAUAGGGAUUUUUGUUUCAUUGUGGACAGCUGAACUAGAUAAAUGUGGAAGAUCAUUUGAGUUGGCAGUGCUGUGUGCUGCUACACACACACAAGGAAGAAUUUGGUAAGAAAGGGACAUUUUCUUGUCACGUAAUGAUACGUACAGUAAGUGUCCAACGGAGCAGAGAAAAAAAUGAUGGUGACAAAUAGAAAACUACCUAGUUCUGUGUAGCUUAUUUGCUACUUUUAAGCCAUAAAAUGGAAGUCUUUAAACAAAGCUUCUGGCACUUGUCUUGAAAAGGGAAUGUGUUAUUAGGCUUCCUUGAUAAAGAGAUCCCACAAUUUGGCAAGGCAAAUAACUCUUCAUUAACUCUGUUACACCGGCAGCUCUCCCUCACAUCUUCCUUUUGAUCAAUGAACCAGGAACUUCCCUGAGAGAUAGAUCACUGGAUUCAAUUUAGGAAGCUUGUCAGUAGCAUAACUCAGUGAUUUGCUUUCAGCAAAGAGCUGGGGCAUACACACAAGUGACCUGUUUUCCCUCACUAUCACUUUUGUGAGUUCACAACUAUAUGGAGAACUGUUCCUGCUAGUGUGACCUCAGUUUGACCUCCUGACCCCUAGCUUAGCCUAACAUAUUUUUGCACAUGGUUAUUUAUCAGCCCAGCAUCAGCCCCUGACAUCCUUGAGGUGCACUUGCUGGGUUCACAGGUGUCUGGUCUGGUCCUGAGCCCACCCCUCUGUUUGGAUUUACCUAGUUACAGUGGCAAGUGGCUAUGAGUGAUCUGCCAUUUUAAGCUUGUCACACUAUGGUCUCUUUAGGAUACGUUUUCCUCUUAAAAAUGAGCAUAGGAGGCAGUUUGGUACCAUCUGCACAACAUGAAAGGACAGCAGUAGAGUAGGUCUUUUCAUGACCACUUGUUUUGAUUGCCACUCUUUUGAUCCCUUUCAUAUCAACAGUUCUGUUGGAAGGCACAUCAAAAUUGAGAGGCACCUCGUCCAUGUUUGCAAUCUGACUUGGUUUUUUGGAGUUUUAUGACAUAGAAGUGAAAUGCUUGAAUUUUAUCCUCAUAAGCAUUUUCUGCACUAACUUGGUUCGUGUUCCCAUAGCCAAGCCUUCUCUCCUCAUGAAGUUGUAGCACCAUUUUGCCUUUCCUAUGAAGUCAGCAAUGUUCAUUUCCUUUGCAAACCUUUUUGCCUCAUAUUGUAUCAUCUUGGUUGACACACUUAUCCCACUUUGACAUUGCUCCAUAAUCCUUGUCUUAAGCCUCUGCUCCAAGUUUGGCCAUUUUGCUGGUUUUUCUCUUAAGGCCCUUUUCUGUUUUGGCAUUUUGAGGAGACGUUCUUCCUGUUUUCUCCACUUUCUGAUCAUGCACUCAGUGGGGGGACUUUAUUUCCAUGGGUUUUUUGCGUAAUUGAUGACUUUUAACUUGAAUUUUGAAGAAUAUGUCAAUCUUUUUUAUUUUCUGACAUUUUUAUGGGCUAGUGCUAAAAAAACUGUUAAUGCAGUACAGUGGUACCUCGGGUUACAUACGCUUCAGGUUACAUACGCUUCAGGUUACAGACUCCGCUAACCCAGAAAUAGUACCUCAGGUUAAGAACUUUGCUUCAGGAUGAGAACAGAAAUCGUGGUGGCGCAGCGGCAGCAGGAGGCCCCAUUAGCUAAAGUGGUGCUUCAGGUUAAGAACAGUUUCAGGUUAAGAACGGACCUCCAGCACAAAUUAAGUACUUAACCAGAGGUACCACUGUACUCUGAAGUUACGGUAAUGGCUCCACAGUGCAUGCUGGGAGACAACAGCAGGUGGUGUGAGUACAUGCUGGGACAUCACAGAUUAUUCCCUCUGAUCCCCAUUUCAGCCCCCAUAAACAUCAGAAAGCCAGACCUUUCUCAUUACAAACAUUACAACCUAGAGCAUGGAUUUAAACUUGAUUUGAUGAUUCCAGAAUUCCUGUCCUAAAAUCCACUCUUCCUUUUUGCUACUCUUUUUUUUCUAUUAUUUUUAUCACUUUUAGAUAUGUUUUAUUUUGUAUUAUAUAUGAAGUUUAUUUGACAUUUAUUUGACAUUGUGGGACAUUGAGGCAAGCUGUGUAAAGAAUAGCAAUUCUAUCAACUAAUACUAACCCAUUUUAGAAAAUACAUCCUUAUAAUCAUGCCUGAGGAUAGUGGAAAUGAUCCAAUCUAGGAGAGUGUAAACAACCCCUAGGAAAAAACAUUUCCUUAAGCAUGCUUAGCAUUCCCAGGAGUCCUGCGGGGAUGACACACACAACAUAUACUAUAGUUUCCUUACCCUUAUUAAAUCAAAUUAUACAAAUGCAGCUUUGAUUGUCUUUCCUUUGAUCAUACAAUAAGAGGCAUCACUAUGUGCCUGGAAGCAGCAAAUGCUGAGGAAUGAUUGUGAUUGGAAUCUCUUGAAACUGGAACGAAAGGUUUACCCGAUGAUUUAUUAUCAUGAAAAUUAGUCUAUGGAACCACAAAGAAAUAAUUCCUUCUGUGUCUGAUGUCACAUAAGCUUAGUUCUUUGCUAACUUUUCAAGAAAUUAUAGACUUCCAUGUUACAAUGUACAUUCAUUCACAGUCCGUCUUUCUCAGCAUCACUUUCAACCGCACUAAUAAUUUAUCCUCACGGGAUAGGUCAAGAAUCCCUCCUUAUCUUUCAAAAGCUAAUUUUAGUGAACCAGAGAGAGAGAGAGAGAAAGGGAAGGAAGGAAGGAAGGAAGGAAGGAAGGAAGGAAGGAAGGAAGGAAGGUUGAUGGUACACAAUUUUAGUUGAUGGGAUUAUUGCACAGAUAAUGCAGAAAUAUGAAUGGAGGGUUCUACUACAGUCGUACCUUGAAAGCUGAACGGAAUCCAUUCCGGAAGUCCAUUGAACUUCUAAAACAUUUGGAAACCAAGGCACAGCUUCCGAUUGGCUGCAGGACACCGGAUGUACAGUUUACAAAGAACGUUCGCAAACCGGAACACUCACUUCCAGGUUUGCGGCAUUCGGGAGCCAAAACGUGCGAGUGCCAAGGCGUUCAGCUUCCAAGGUACGACUGUACUUGUAAGAUCAUUGGAGAGACAUUGCUUUUCUCAAAGCUGAGUAACUUUAACUUGACAUACACAAACAGAAGAUGUAUCGUUCAUACAUUUCAUCAUCUGAAAGAAGAAAUCUUUAAAUGCUCUCCCUUAUUAAUGUCUGGCCCCAAUUCAAGAUGCUAGUGCUGAUCUUUAGAAAGCUAAUACCAAAGGGCAAAUAUUAUUAGUAGCAUUAGAAAAAUUUUUGCCUGUCAUGUAAAACUAGAUAAAGUUGGUGUCAGGUGUACCUCCCUAGGGAAUAGCCAACAUGCCUUCUAAGGAGGUCCUUGUUAAUCUGGCCCGGCUGGGCUCAAGGAAACACUGGAAUCAGUUGCAAUCUUAAGUCUGUGGUCCUUGUCUGUGGUUCAGUGUUGUCCAAAAAUUCGAGGUACAAAUCUGAAAGCAGACAUUGCACCCACAGCUUCAAAAAGCAAAUCUGAUUGCUGUGGUAAUGUAAUAAUGAUUUAGGAACCUUAAAAAGAAUACUAUGGAAAAGAAAAAAUCUAAAAUUAUGUCACUGGUAUAUUCAUCUCCAUAUAGAGCUACAAAUGUUCUAGUUUUGUGGUUUUAAAUUUUCCCAUUUCAUUGCAUAGGAUUCUGGGAUAUAUUCUAGUGUCCCCAGACCAGUGGCCAGCCCUGUUAUUACUGAUAAGUGUGUGUGCCUUUGCACACAUUUAUUUGAACAUGUAUUUUACACGUGUACUCACAAAAUGGCUAAUUUGGGCGAAUUAGCAAUACUUAUCUAGGGAUCUUUAGUGGAGAAAAUUGGAUGCUACAGACAUGAUGGCAUUAACUGGGAUUGGCUUGUUUACUUUGCGGCUUUUAGCGGUAAUCAGUAAAACCCAAUAAAAGCAAUAACCGCUCUUGCUGUUGCAAUUGCAAUGUUUGUUUACAAAUGAAUAAUGGUAUUUAGGGGUAAGAUCAUGCCAAGGUAAAAUGAUUUAGAAGCAAUGACAACUGUUUUUGUGGCUCAAAAUACCGUAUGGAGCAUAUAAUUUAUUACUACUGCAGAAACAAAAGGGGAAGGACUAGAAGUGAAGCAUUUCUGAACAUGGAAUUAAGAGACUCAGCUUUGCUAUGGCGAGAGCAGGGGAACCAGGAUGAGAAAAUGUUACAUGCAAUAGUUCUUUCCGUCUCAUGAGAGCCAGAGUUGGCUGAGAUAAUGGAGAUGCAAAAGUUAGAGAGAAACUGUAGACUGGACUGGACUCUGUAGUCCAUAGUCCACAGACUGGACUCUGUAGUCCAUAUAUUAGCCUACCUUUACGUAAAAGGAAUAGGAAGAAUACUUUGGAUCAUGGUUUCACAAUGGUUUGCUAUAGCAGCAGGGUGAGAGCCACAACUAGUCUUGGAUGCUUCAGCAGGAGUUUAGGUAUUUAAAAUAGUGUUUCCACCUGUUGGAACAGUGGCAGAAUCCUAGCUUUCACUGGGGAGGCCAGUCACCCAACUCCAAAUCGAUUCACCACCACCAUUGCUUCCCUUGGUUCUUGCGAACCCACCAAACCUUGGUUCUGAAAUAAAAAAAAAUCCCUUUUAGGAGCUGUGACGGUUCCCAAAGUAAAAUAACAUGGCAUCCAGGGAAUCGGUUAGAUAAUUGCAACCUGCUUGUGCCUGACCUAUCCUGAAAUCAAAGCAGGCUACUAGCACAGCCUGUACCAUAACGGCACAUUCAUUGCUCAGAGCAAAGCCAAAUCGCACAUAUUCUCGAGGCAUGUACAGAGUUCCAGCUGAACUCAUUGACACUAUUUCCCCUUUGACAGCAAUAUGUGACUGAGUGUGCACAGUGAACUAGCACACACUCAAAACCUCUCCAUAGCUGUGUAAUAAAGGGGCAGAUCAGCUGUGGUGAGCAAGCUAUAUUCAGGGAAGCUCAGCUUGCCAUUAAAGAAACUUUUAAGGAUAUACUUUCAAAGAACCCCAGUUUCCUAGAAAGCAAUCUGAAAACCACCAGGGCUCUAAUAGAUAUCAAAUUUUAUGGUCUAUAAUUCAGGAAAUGGUGCUGGACCUUCCACUUUGGACUGAGCACAUUGUCUAUGCCAAAAUUCUGGUUUUAAAUACAGUACUCUCUUCACAUACUGUAUUACAAAAGAAGGCAUAGAAUGGCAAUGCAGUACGUUAUGCAGUCCAUAACUCUUAUAAAAUGGAUUGCUCCCCGUAGUUUUCUAAAGCCUGUAGUCAUGCUACUCACUGAAUUUCAUUGCUGCAAGUCUAAUAUAGAAAAAUUUGGUGGGAAAGCUAUUAAUAAUCAAGUUUGUAUAUUAAUAGUGGUCCACUGGGAUUUGGCUGCUGUGUUGAAAGUUUUCUGGUACUUAGGGAACCCAAGUCCCUAGAAUACCUAAAGAAGCCUUGAAGUGGGGUGGGAUAUAAUUUUCAGUGUUUUUUGCUGUCCUAAAAGCCACUCGUGUAAGUGGUAUAUUCUUGCUUACUUACUUUAUCAAUCAUAACUGUUCUGAAAUGGUAAAAGGAGCACCUACAGCAUAGUCUUGUGCACAUUUAACAAAAAAAUAAUAAUGAACCUGGCUGUGUUUGAUGGGUCUCACAGCAAAAUAUUGGUAGCAUUGCAUGAGUUAGGAGCUAGUAAGAGACUGGCUGCUUAAGAUGAAAUUCCACUUCUGAUAGCUUUCCUUAGUGCUAGUUAGCACAACUUUCUCUUUUGCUUCAAUACAGAUUGAAUGUUUUGUUUUGGGCAUAUUGUGGUUGAUGAUGAUGAUGUGUACAAUCAGCCAUCUCAAGGCACUCCACACAUAAGAUGAUUAAAAAGCAGUUAAAUACAAAAAUAUCAGAUACAUUUAAAACAACAACAACAACAACAAUAAUAAUUUAUACCCUGCCCAUCUGGCUGGGUCCCCCCAGCCACUCUGGGCAGCUUCCAACAAAACACUAAAAUACAAUAACCUAUUAAACAUUAAAAGCUUCCCUAAACAGGGCUGCCUUUAGAUGUCUUCUAAAAGUUUGGUAGUUAUUUUUCUCUUUGAAAAAAAAUCUGGUGGGAGGGUGUUCCACAGGGCGGGCGCCACUACCGAGAAGGCCCUCUGCCUGGUUCCCUGUAACCUCACUUCUCGCAAGGAGGGAACCGCCAGAAGGCCCUUGGCGCUGGACCUCAGUGUCCGGGCAGAACGAUGGAGGUGGAGACGCUCCUUAAGGUAUACUGGACCGAGGCCAUUUAGGGCUUUAAAGGUCAGCACCAACACUUUGAAUUGUGCUCGGAAACGUACUGGGAGCCAGUGUAGGUCUUUCAAGACAGGUGUUAUAUGGUCUCAGCGGCCGCUCCCAGUCACCAGUCUAGCUGCCACAUUCUGGAUUAAUUGUAGUUUCCGGGUCACCUUCAAAGGUAGCCCCACAUAGAGCGCAUUGCAGUAGUCCAAGCGAGAGAUAACCAGAGUGUGCACCACUCUGGCGAGACAGUCCGCAGGCAGGUAGGGACUCAGCCUGCGUACCAGAUGGAGCUGAUAAACAGCUGCCCUGGACACAAAAUUGACCUGUGCCUCCAUGGACAGCUGUGAGUCCAAAAUGACUCCCAGGCUGCGCACCUGGUCCUUCAGGGGCACAGUUACCCCAUUCAGGACCAGGGAGUCUUCCACACCUGCGCGCCUCCUGUCCCCCAAAAACAGUACUUCUGUCUUGUCAGGAUUCAACCUUAAUCUGUUAGCUGCCAUCCAUCCUCCAACCGCCUCCAGACACUCACACAGGACCUUCACCGCCUUCACUGGUUCUGAUUUGAAAGAGAGGUAGAGCUGGGUAUCAUCCGUAUACUGAUGAACACCCAGCCCAAACCCCCUGAUGAUCUCUCCCAGCGGCUGCAUGUAGAUGUUGAAAAGCAUGGGGGAGAGGACAGAACCCUGAGGCACCCCACCAGUGAGAGCCCAGGGGUCUGAACACUCAUCCCCCCCCACCACUUUCUGAACACGGCCCAGGAGGAAGGAGCGGAACCACUGUAUAACAGUGCCCCCAGCUCCCAGCCCCUCUAGACGGUCCAGAAGGAUGUUAUGGUCGAUGGUAUCAAAAGCCGCUGAGAGAUCCAGCAGAACUAGGAAACAACAAGACGAAAGCCCUAAUAAAGUAUACACUUUCAGCAAAGACCCGUAUACCCAGCUGGGAAAGCCUGUCAGAAAGUGCAGACAGUGGGUGCCUGUCAUAUCUUGAUAGGAAUGCUAUUCCACAGAACAGGAGCAGUAUAGUGGGAAUUGAUGAGCACUCACAUGAAUAAGUUUGCCACACUCUCACUGCAUGUGGAUGCAGAAGGUUACGCAGACACUGAAGACCACCAUAAUAAGUAUGUCCAGCAACCUAUUCACUCCAGCAGACACAGAAUAAAUCGAAAAUGGAUGACCAAAACCAGAUCCCUUCUCUCCCUGCCCAGGGAGAAAGGCUUAUAAUGUUCAUUUGAUUUCAGUCUUCACUAAUACAUUUUCCAUGAUCCAAUAAGGAAGAAAAUUGCAAUUCUCUAACUGUAAGACUUCUGCAGCAAGAAGCACGGCUGCAGCAGGAACUAAAAUUGUCCCCAGACCUCCAGUUUAUCUGGUGUAUUCCUGAGUACAGCCUUUAGCUUUUAAAGAAUGCUCAAAUGUGGUUCAUGUUCCUGUGCGUUUGCUCUGUAUUCAGAUAUUUAGAUUAUAUUAUUAUUAUUUAUCAAUAAAAAUUCAUCAGAUUGCAACACAAAGAAAAAACUUGUAUUACCCUGAAACACCUUGUUCUGAAGUGAAACAAAUUAUGGAGACAAGUUUUGAAAGAAAUUGCUGUCCACUUGCCUUCCUUCGCUUUGGAUAGAACUUAAGCUUACUGCAAACAAGUGGCUGCAUCUCUGGUCCUCUACCUCCUCCUCCUCCCUCCACUGUGACUUCCACUACUACAAAAUAUGUAAUGUAACAUCACCAUACUACAUGCUUCCUGAAUUUCACUCCACUCCACUGGCUGUUGCUUGUUGUGGAGGCAGAGAAGCACACAGUGAAAUCACUUUACCUUUUUUGUGAUUUACCAAAGGAGAGAGGAAGAAGAGGCAUGGGCUGCUCUUUUGGGGAGCAGUCAUACUUUGAAAUGGGGGACAAAUUUGCUUCAGUUCAUAUUUAGGAACAAAGCGAUCUAAUUUGCACUAUUUCUGAAACAAUCCGCAAAUCAAAACACAGACAACCUCUGAAUUUUUUCCAGUGCAGUUCACCAGGUAUGUGCAAAAAUGUAUACGCUAGGGCAAAUACGUGCCUAAAAUGCAUGUAUUUGUUGAUGAAAAUUGUAUAGGAACAGCUUUUCAAAAAUACGUACACUAGGCAAACUGCAUGCAGAAAUGUGUACAUCACGAGAACUUAAGAAGGGCUUGCUGGAUUGGGGCAGUUACCCUUCUAGUCUGUCAAUCUGUUCUCACAGUGGGUAACCAGAUGCCUCUGGGAAGUGCACAAGCAGGGCUUGUGGGCAAGAGUGCUCUGUCCACCUGUGAUUGCCAGCAGCUGGUGCUCAGAGCCAUGCUGCUUCCAGCAGUGGAGACAGAGCAUAGCCAUUGUGGCUAGCGAUUAGCACUUAAAUGCUGGCAAUGGCUUUCUAAAAAUAAAUCGCAAACUGAUGGGGAAUAUCAGAACUGAACUUAAGCUUCGGAAAAUGAAACAUGAGAGAAACCUCAAUUAAUUCUCUGUUAUCCAUAUGACAUUCUUCUCCAAAUCAUUGCCUUCCCACACUCUCUCCUCCUCCCUCGGUCUGGAUUUUCUCUCAGUCGUCUCCUUUUCAGUGCAUCCCUCGUAUGAGAGAAUCCAGACUGCGGGAGGGGAAAGUGUGAGGAGGCAGCUAUUUGGAGAACAUCAUAUGGAUGAUGGAGAAUUAAUGGGGGUGUAGGAAGCUUGCUGUUCACAUUAAACAACAGUAUGGGUGAGUCCGUAGUAAAAUUUAUGUUUGCGGUGUUGCAAGUUUUCCACUUGACAAGCCUUUCUCUUCUGACGAUUAUCAACUGACGUUUUUGCAGCUGCAAAUAAAGUUGUAACAGGCUGAACUAAAAUGGAACUUGCUCCUGCUCUAAUGCUAAACACAUUUGUGUAGAAAUAAGCAAGAUUUUGUUGUUAAAAAAAAAAAGAUAAUAUGUUUUAAACGUUAAGUAAUAUAUUGAGUGUCUACAGCCAUGUAUGUGCCUAGCUGGCUGUCUCCCUAAGUAUGAAAUGUUGCUGUUUUUAUAAAAGGAAGGAAGGAAGGAUACUUCAGCAACCAGUGUCAGCCCCAUUAGCUCCUGGCAUGCUCAUACUGGCCCAGUUGCUGACACUGGUCCUAUUUGCUGCUGUCCCCAUCUUCUUCCAUUCUCUUGAAAUUUGGGGUGGUGGAGAUUUGGGGUUUUGGAUUUCAACCAUGAGGUCUAGCCUUAGCUGCAUCACUGGGCUGUGUUGUUGAUGCAACUGGGCUGAUAACUCAAUUAAGCCAUGCAUGGAUGGCUAGUUAGAGAAGAAUGUGACUGAAGAUGCUCACUUGGAUAGGAUGCCCAUUGGAAUGCACAUCACAUUGAAAGUGACAUGGUGGAGGAGGAAGAUAGCUGCAUAUUGGUGCACAUCUAGAAAUGCAAUGUGAUAUAAAAAGUAAAGGUAAAGGGACCCCUGACCAUUAGGUCCAGUCGUGGCUGACUCUGGGGUUGCGGUGCUCAUCUCGCUUUAUUGGCCGAGGGAGCCAGUGUACAGCUUCCAUGUCAUGUGGCCAGCAUGACUAAGCCACUUCUGGCGAACCAGAGCAGCGCAUGGAAACACCGUUUACCUUCCUGCCGGAGUGGUACCUAUUUAUCUACUUGCACUUUGACGUGCUUUCGAACUGCUAGGUUGGCAGGAGCAGGGACCGAGCAACGGGAGCUCACCCCAUCGCGGGGAUUCGAACUGCCAACCUUCUGAUCGGCAAGUCCUAGGCUCUGUGGUUUAACCCACAUCACCACCCACAUCCCCCGCAAUGCAAUGUAGUUGUUUGCUAUUUGCAGUGCACGACUUUCAGUGACCUGUUCAGGUGCUCUCUAACUAGUUAUACAUAAAGUACAUAGGCUUGAAAUAGAUUGCGGCAAAGGUCUGAAAAUACUGCAGGACAUGAAAUCAGCAAGGCAAGGCAAAGAAUGGUUGCUUGGGCAAAGAGAAUAUGUUCCCUUCUCAUCUACUGCCUCACUGAGAACGAAGGCAAUGGGAGGACUUUGCCCUUUUGUGAUAUUGCCACAAAGCCCAAUCUGAUUGGUUAUAUGGCACUGUGAGGUCAUCAUGCUCACUACAUGUCUGAUUGGCUUGGAUCAUGCACUGAAAUAGAGAUCAUCCCUAAAAAUGGCCAUGAAACUGUGAAUGUGGGCAGUGGGAGGGGAGGGAGAUUGCAAAAAGCCGCUAUGGUGUAUGAGGCUUCCUUCCCCUUAGAAGUCCGCUUCUCAAGACAGAAUAUCAAACCUCGUGAAAAUUUAGCACAGCACUAUUUUAACUGUUAAAUUAGUCAGUGAAAUGUGAACCAAUUCUAAAAUGUCAGAUUCACCUGAACUUGGAGAGAGAAAUUAUAUUUCUGAAAUCCAAACUUAAAUUGCCCCAGCCUUCCCUAUAAAAAUGUAGCAAGUUAAAUAGGAGUGAAACUGUGAGAACACAAGUCCUCUAAUAAAUGUAAGACUUUUUAUUUGAAUUAUAAAAAGGACGCCAUAGACCCGCUGUGUUUGUUCUAUUAAGAUUUAGUGUUCUAAAAUACAGGACAUGCAGCGUUUUCUAUGUAGCUGUGAUGUCCUGGAACAACAGAAAAUACUUUAGAAGAAUGCAAAAUCCAUUAGAAGCAGGAACAUUUGGCAACCUGUAGUCUGGGAGUAAUCUAGCUAGCUGUUACUCUGUCUUGAUCGGAGCUAUCACUCACUUGUAGUUCAGCUACCUCCCUGAAGGCUUAAAGGGUAGCUUUGAAACAUAGUUUCUUCUUAUUCCAGUAUUCUUGAUAGGCAGCAAUAGUAAGAUACCAGCUUAAACUGGAAAACUGCCUAGGUUAGGCUAUUCAUCCAUUUAUGUAUUGCCCAUACCUAUUGGCAGUGGUUAUCUCCAGGAAGCCAGGCAGAGAACUUUCCCAUGACCUCUAGUGGAGAAACUAGAGACUGAAACUGGGGCAUUCAGCAUGUGCUGGGUCACCAAGCUAUGGUAGGGUUGCCAUACAUCCAGAAUUUCCUGGACAUAUCCAGAAUACUGCAGUCGGAAGCAGCGUCUGGGCAGAAAUCACUAAAAUGUCCAGGGAAAUCCAGCCAUAUAGCAACCCUAAGCUAUGGUUCCUUUGCAAUUACAGUCAAAGCUUGGUUGUCAAACGUAAUCUGUUCCGGAAACCCAUUUGGCUUCCGAAAUGUUUGACAACUGAGGUUGCAGGAGCUUCCUGUACUCAAGCAGAAGCCGUGUCGGGCAUUCAGCUUCUGAAAAACAUUGGAUAAGAGGAGUGCUCAACAUCAACCCUGCUGUGUGUGAAUCCCUUGCAAACAACCACAGUGCUUGGAGACAGGCAGUUAGGUUGUGUAUCUAUAGCAGUGACCAGAGUAGGAAUGGCUGAUGGGAGGAGCACAGAUAGAAGAAAUGCCAUGGUGCAUCUGCAGCAGCACAACUGGAUGCCUUCAUCUGCCCCGGCUGCAAUAAAACAUGUCUCUUCUAUAUCAGUCUCUAUAGCUACAGCAAGCGCUGCAACCUUCCAACAGUUUGACUUCACCUCCAUAGGCGCAGUCCUCCAUUAUCUCCCAAGAUAGAUGGAUGCCAACAAAGGGGGAAUGCUCAGCCUCUAAAAAAUAGGUGGGAAAUCUUCAGCCUUCCAGAUGUUGUUGGACUCCAACUCCCAGCAAUUCCAGUCAGCAUGGCCAAUGGGAAUUGUAGUACAGCAACAUCUAGAGGGCAAGAGGUUCCUAACUCCUACUCUACUGAUCUUCCAAAAAGUUGAAGAGACUUGUGAACUGACAAUAUACAUUGCUGCAUUUUCUAUAGAAAGCUGUAGAAACUAACUUCUCCAUUCCAGUUUUGGGAACCUGUAUUCUGUUCAGCUAUAAGUAUUUCAGACAUGCUGACCUAGCACUGAAUCUGAUUUAUAGGAGAAUCUGCGAGAUAAUUGACACUCUUGUCAUAGUUUGUUCAGCAGUCUAUGAAGACAACAUUCUAAACAGCCUCAUCUACUGAUCUUGAGGGUCCUAUUUGUCAAAAUUAAGUGGAUACGCUGACUUCCCCUGCCUUCUUAAUAGCUUCCUGUAUAAUAGCUCAGCUAAGGGAUUGCAAAUUUGUGCUAAUACUCAGGGUAAGAUUAGAGAGCUGGGAAUUGCACAGAUCUGACAAGCCACAAUAUUUAUGUGCUGUAAUUUCAAUGUGCCCACAGGAUUUAAAGGACGAAGGUUUGAGUUUGAAUAACCCAUUCUUAAUAUACAUCUUUGGAGUAUGAGAUUAGUCAGUAGUGGUGCAAUAAACAGAAAUAGGCUAGAGUUAGUCAUGGAAUUAGAUCACUGGAAAGCAGCUUUGGAGUUUCUUCAUCUCCUUAAACAUCACUAAAGCAAGAGAUACUACGUAUUUUUGAGGUGUGUAUAAAGAAAGGAAGAGGAAAGGCAUCCGUUGUCCCCAAGAGGUUUCUGAACACUUUUAUCGGAACAACUUGAGGGAUACUGAAUUUGACUACAACAGCAGGUUGUCACUGCAUCUUAAUAUGGAAACCAUGAAACUGAACGUUUGCAAUGCUAAGCCCUGUUGAAUUAAAAUUAAAAAGCCUUCACCUAGUCCAGAAAGAGCAUAUUGCACAGUGUCAGAUGAGCCUUCCUGGGAAGGGCAUUUCGCAUAUGGGGUAACACAACUGAGAAGGCCUCUGGUCAUCAUCUAAUUUUGGAAUGUGACAGAACUCAGAGGAGCCUCAAAUAAUCAAUGUAAUGUCUGCUGAGCAGGUGCAAAGAAAAGUUGAAGCUUGGUUUUGCCUCUCCUGGUAGCUGUCAGUGCAUUAGGUCCAAAGACGUCUCUUAAUAAGAUUUCACUUGUGACUUUUUUUUAGUAGAUACAGUAAGUAUGGAAUAAACCCAGUCACAUGGGUGGGGUAUAAGUAAUAAUAGUAAUAGUAAUAAUAAUAAUAAUAAUAAUAAUAAUAAUCCCAUUAACAUGUGCUGUGUAUGUGCCUGACUCUCUGCACCAAUGAGAAGGAGAAGAAUCCCUUUUAGGUUUUCUUCAAUACAAACUGGAAAAUUUGCGGAUUCUUUGUAACUAAGUAUCACGCCCCAAUCUAGGGCAUUUAACAGAUUAAGCAGCGACUUUCUGUUUCUUUACAUUUCUUAUCUUUUUCUCCCCAAAUGUAUCUCUAGAAGAUCAUGGUUUUAUAUGCUGGUUAGUAAACCAAAAUUAAGCCAAAUUUUCCCAGUUCAGAUGUAAUAGGAAAUGAUGAAUUCAUUAAACAAACCAAGAUAAAAGCAGCAAAGCUGGCACACAAGGGGAGGAUUAAGGAGAAAUCCCAUGAUUAUUCUUGACUUUGUCAUGGCCUGUUGGUUUUCUUUGUAGUAGAUGGUUGCAAUGGAACCUCUUUCUUACCUGGCUAAAGGAAAAGACUGAGCAGUGCCAGCUACAGCCACUUAUUCAUUUGCAUGAAAUCUGGGUAUCCUGCUCAGAUUCGUUAGUGUUCAAAGUCAGCACACAACAAUUUAACUGCGACAAGCAUGUGAAUUACCCAGAGCAGUCUCUGUGAUGAGCAUACCUUGUUUUGAUACUCCCUACCCCCGAAAGCUUUGAACUUAAAGAUGAUAGAGAUAUAUGCCUUGAAUAAUCACAACAAAUUUUGUAGUCCUUCACAUUCAUUAGCUUCAAAGGAAUACAAAAUCACAGGAGUCUGUUUUAUUUGCAGCAUACACUUCAAAAUUCAAAUUGAUUUACAAGUUUAAAAAAAAAGUAGCAGCAAGAAAAAGGGAAAAUAGUUAAAACUUGUAAGCGUUUCAUGUAGAGAGCUGGAAGUGAAAAUAUGCUACAGAGUAAUCUGUGAUCUCUCAUUCUCACCUUUCCAAUCAUGAAAGAGUGUCAAGAUUUUCAACAGAUACAUAUGCUCCUUUAUUUACCGCUAAAUCUUACUGAGUUCAAAGACUAUCUCCAGGUAAAUAUGCAAGGGAUUAGUUUUCUCCAACUUGAUUGCUGUGUUACUUGAAAAAUGUGAUAUUUCAUAUUCACCUCACAAAGGUGUAAUGGCCAGGGUGCCCUGUGUGGAGAGACUGGUUGCUAAGCCACUUUGAGAACUGUAGCUCUGGGAGGAGUAUAGUGGUCUCCUCACAACUUUCAACACCCUUAACAGGCCUCUCUUGCUAGAUGGAAAGAGGGAGGGCGCACUGGGUUUAGACAAAUCUCUAUGCCUCAGGCAAAAGUGGAAUGCCUGAAACUUGUGGUCAUUGCACUUUGUUGGGGGGAAAUCUCGAUGGCUUGGUAUUAGACUGGUUUAAAAUGGGUAGAGAACUUUAGUUAGGCCCAAAAGAUGCUCUGAAAUUGGAUGAUGCAGUUAUGCUGCCAAAGCUAAGCAGGCUUGAGCAGGAAUACUUACUGAUUUAAGCUUUCUGGAGGUCAAAUGGGGCACAAGUGUAAUAAACAGAGGACUGUAACCAUAAUGGAAGUGGAUGGAGGGGGUCAGCGGAGGGUAGGUGCAGUUCUGUGUGCCGAUAAAAUGCAGGUGAUAGGGUGUAUUUAGAUAGGAUUCUUUAGAUGAUUCACUAUCCGGUCCUGGAUUUGUGUAAUGGAAGUGUAUAGAAAGUAAAUCAUAUAAUGGAGGUGCUUUCUAGUCGGCAAGGCAAUUGCUCAACUCAGAAAUUGUCUGUAGCACUUUGCUAGUCAUGGAGUUGUGCCUAGUUAUGUGAAAGUCUGAGAGUGUGCAUGGAUACGAGGAGGAAGCAAACAUUCCUGGUGCCAGGUGUGGAUCUUCCAAGGUCCCAUCCCAAGGCAUUGCUGUGUGAGCAUGGGAAAAAAUUUUUUUGCUAAUUACUUCUGUGGGCAGAGUGCAGUCUGUGAUAAUUAAUUCUCCCUAAAUAUGGUAACAAGCUUCUGUGGGGCUUCACUUUAUGGCGAACCAAGCCUCAGGAGAUAGCUCGUGGUUUAAUUAUAAAAAAAUCACGCGACUCUUUUGGCCUGUGAAUAAUAAUAAUGAUAAUAAAACUUUUCUCUUGCUUGUUUCUGUUGUUUAACAUUGACCAUUGUUGGCACAAUUGAAUGAUUGACUCGCUAAGUGAAAACAGCAGCACAAUAUUUAAUGAAGGGUGGUGUUGUCAUCAACAACAGUAUAGAGGCUUGUGCUUCUCUGUUGCGGUUUCCAGUGUUUUGGGUGUUAAUGAGUCUUAAGUAAAUAGUCAAGCUGUGGCAUAGAACUUCAUCUCUAAGUUAGAAAUCAUAUGCAAACUUACCUAGGUGCAAGUCUUGUUGAAUUCAGAAGGAGUUAUUUCUUUGUAUAAGUAUGCAUAGGUUUGGGCUUCCUGAGGAGGUUAUUUUCUCCUCUGUCCCACUGCUAAAUUUUGUAGAUUUCAUUAAUCGAGUUGCAGAGGUUUCAAAAUAACAACUCUCAGAGAGAGAGAAAUGCCUACCCUGCCAUGAGAAAAAUGUGGUAUUUUUGUGCAUCGACUUCAAGAUUCAGCUCAGACCCUAAUCUGGCUUUACCAAUAACAGUUCAGCUCAGUGGAAAUCGCUUCAGAUGCUGCUCAAUUCAGCUUAAGGUUCCAGGCCAAGUCUGCUUCAGGAAAAACAAAGUUUCAUUUCACUGCCCCGCUCCCGCCCCCCCAUUGAUGAUUUCAGAAUUUUUAAAAAUGGGUAUUGCUUUUUCCCCUUUUGGGGAGAAGUGAAUGGAAUUUUCAGGCAUAGUGGAUAAAGCCAGCCAAAUUACAAUAAAGUAAGUCUUGAGGUUUCUGAACUGGGCACCUUAACAGUUUGAUUUUAUAUAUAUAAGAGAAAAUGUCUAACAUUUUUACAAAGCCAUUCCAAUAAGCAGAACAGAUAACACAGAAUUAAAUAUAUUACACAGUUAAAAUAAUUAUUAAAACCAGGUACUUUAUCAAAUAAGAGUUUGCUCCCCUGAAGAAUUUAACUGAUAUUUCCCCACAAACUUUUCCUUUUCAAAUUGUCACUUUUUCAGCAGUGUAUUGUUUCUGAAUGCCAUAAUUCCUUGUGAAGAAAUUCACAGAGUUAACCAGUUUUAACUUUAUUGUAUAGAUAGAUAUGACAUAUCCAGCAGAAUUCAACAUAUCAGUGACCUAUGGUGCUUCGCCAGGGCUUGCAAUAUAUGUUUGCAAUAACAAAAACCAGCGAGACUGGCAAAGAUCCGGCAGGCAACAUAGUGAGAUGCAAUGAGGUACAUUGAUUUUAUUUUUCACAAAUUGUUUCAGGCUCACAAUCAAAUAGUGAAAGUAGUAUUGUCCAUGUUGCGUGGGUACAAUAUCUACUUUUAUAUGAACCCAGAAGAGUGGCCACUUAAGCACUGCAAAAAAAGAAAAAGAAACCACCAGGAAAUAUAUUACCAAAAAAGGCGAAAACUAGAACACAAAUUUGCCUUAGCUAAUUUACAUGUCUAAGUGCAAAUUUAUUAAUAAUUUUAUAAAUGAGAUAGAAUACAUCUCAUCAUAGUGUGGAAGACUGACCAGGUGCUCGCCAAUAAAGGGCAACUUUCAGGCUCCUGCUCUCCAUUCUUUUUUCUUUAAAACCAGGCUUGCUUUGGCCAGCCCUUCAAAUAGAGGAUGUUCCUCUGCAAAGUAAGAAAUAUAUUGCCACACUGUUUAGAGUAAAACAGGGAAUACGUCUGUGUGUCUUCAGUGACAUUCUUUCUCUGCAAAAAGAAAAGAAAGACGGAAAAGCUGUGAUAGUCACAUUGUCAUUGGCAUCUUAAACACUACCAAGUGCUAUACAAACUGUGAAGUGCAUGCCACUGAACAUGGGUAACAAAAAGAGUUUCUUAAACCAAAGGAAUAUAAAACAGCAAGGUGGGAUCUGUGAACAUCUUUUAGGUGUUAAGCCUUGUGGCAAGCAACCCUGAAGCACUAUCUCCCCAGACCCACACUUCAAAACCUUUCUGGCAGUGAAAGAUGUCUGCCCUUCUCCCCACAUCACUACAGAAAAUAUAUUUGCUGGAGAUGGAACCGGAUUUCAGGAAUGCACAUUGAAGAGGGAGCCCUUCGAACUCCUUUCCCUGUUCUCCUGAUUAAGUCUGGAGGCCAUCUUUGCUUCCAGAAAGGUUUAGGGAGAUGGAGACUUGGCAGGUGGAAAUUUGCCCUGUCCUCAUUACCUUCUGUGUAGCUUCUCUUCUGCACUCCUUCCUCCCACUUAGGGUCCCUGGGAAUCCCACUUCACCUGAGACAUGAAGUGGCAGACAGGAUGCUUUGAUUUGUAUUUUGAAGCUGAAAGAGGGCACGAGCCGUUGGCGUCAAUUUAGAAAGAGCACAAAUUCAGGUUGUGUUUCCUUCAUGUUCUUUUAUGUCUGUGUUCUUGUAGCCACUGGGGUGCUGAAGUAGCUGAAAUGAGAAAAAGGCAACAGCCACAAAAUGAAGAAACAUCUGCUGUGUCUCAAGCACCUGGAAACCAAAGGCCCAACAACACAUGUUGCUUCUGUUGGUGUUGUUGUUGCAGCUGCUCAUGGUAUGUCACGCAGUCUAUUUGAUACCAUAGCUAGCGCAGGUAAAUGUCAACCCAAAGCCAUCAGUUGUCAGGCUUAACGUAAAAAGCUGGGGGGGGGGGGCCUUUUCUGUGCAAUCAGGUUGUUGUGUGAUAAAUGCUCAUUUGAUUCUCAUUGCUUGCACACAGACUUCAUGUCUUCUCUCAACGUUGUGCUCAUGAAAGUAAUUGAACAAUGUUUUGUGUUGAGGAAAAUAUGAUUCCUAAGUCUCUGUGCAUGCAUGUGCGCACACAGAGCUCCCUCCUGAUAAUGCAACCAGAGCGAAGCAAGAAGAGUGUUUGUGUGCAUUUGCUUUUUGCAUAUAAUUUGACCCCCUCAAAAGUUGUUCUAGGAGAAAUGGCUUUCCCCUAACCAAUUUUAAAAGAUGGGCAUUUGAAAAGACUUUCCAAAUUUUAUAUCUAUGAAAACUCCCAACUGUAGAAAUAAUUUUUUUUAAAAUGUAGCAAAUAUGUGCAAAAAAGUAGUUUUCUGAUUAUUUGGGGAAGCAGGGCAUGGGGAAGAGAAAAUGGGUGAUGAGCUGUGCAUUUUGAAUUAAUGGGAAACAUGAACAAAACUGUCUUGUUUAUUUCUACCUGAUAAUUUGAUGAAUAACCUACAGAAUGUAUUUAUAGUCAGGAUGCAUUCAAAUUCCACUGAGAUCCUUCAACUGGCAAAGAGCCGUCAUCUUAAUGGGGAUCAGGCCAGGAAAUAUUUGCUGCUCAGCUCUUCCUAAAAGAAUCAUCAGCUCAGGAAAUAUGAGACUGAAAUUUAGUGUUUAUUUUCCUGUUUUUAAAAUAACCUCAGAUAACCAUGUGAUCUUUCUAGGCUGGGAUAGCCUGCCUAGGAUGCCUGUCACAAAAGUGUAUAUAUAAAACUUUUAAUAUAGCAAUAUUUAUAUGCAUGUGAACAGCUCAGCGGCAUCAACAGGGCUGCGGUUACAAUACAGCUAUUUACUUGCUUAGAUGCUCUGGGUUUCCCAUGUGUACACAUCUGUCUAGAAAUGCCAGUAGCUAAAAUUCCAUUGCAGGGAUGCGGACCCUCAGCCCCAUGAGCCAAAUGUCAUCUUCUGUGUCUUGGGAAUCUCCCCAGACCAAACACCUUCACAAACCACACCCCUCACCAGCCCUGUCUUGCACCCUCCGUGAGUGUUUUUGCUUGGCUGAAAUGUGUCCUUGGACUCUGAUAACAUUGAUUACUUGCUUGGAUGGAGGAUAGAGAGGAAUGCGUCAACGUGAAGAAACUGGGCUACCGUACCAAGACAAAAUUUGCAUUUGUUGCUCCGACCUGGCGCUGGCAUAUCGCCCCAGGAAAGCUACCAGAAGGGAAUGUGACCCCCGGGCUAAUUAAAAAGGUCCCCCGCCUUGCUGUAGUGUGAUGAAGAAACAGACCCCAAGAUGGAGCAAUGGUGCCAUUAGGGCAGAACCUUGAGACAGAAAUCCAGAAGUGUAUGAAGUGUGAAUCGGGUCAGUUUGCUUAAAAAUGCAGACCGAGCAAAAUCCCCACGCAUCACUGCCUGCAACUGUGUGAUUUUAUAAGCUUGAAAGAAACCAUUAUGCACAGAGAAGAUUUCCUGCUCCAUUAUUCUGCCAUUUCUCACCACACCGGUGGAGAAACCCUAGGAGAAGAUGGUUUCCAAAUAUUUCAGGCCAAUGGCACCUAUGCCAUUCGCCUUUGCAACCGCUGUCUGUAUCACCAUUCAUGUGUGCGAAUCGUGCCUUGGAUGUAUAGGGAAGUCAUCAUGUGACUGUUUUCUCUCGUGGCCAAAUGCAGUCCUCACACUGGCUACCAACUCACAUCAUCAUCAACAACAAUUUAUUUAUACCCCGCCCAUCUGGUUGGGUUUCCCCAGCCACUCUGGGUGGCUCCCAAGAGAAUAUUAAAAACAUGAUAAAUUAUCAAACAUUAAAAACUUCCCUGAUAGUCAGGUAGUUGUUUAUUUCUUUGACAUCUGAUGGGCGGGCACCACUACCAAGAAGGCCCUCUGUCUGGUUCCCUGUAACCUCACUUCUCUCAGUGAGGGAACCGCCAGAAGGCCCUCAGAGCUGGACCUCAGUGUCCAGGCUGAACAAUGGGGGUGGAGACGCUCCUUCAGGUAUACUGGGCCGAGGCCUAGAAGGGCACUUUGAUGUCCAUGCUAUCUAGUCAUGGACAUCAAAGUGCUCUUCCAGGGUCAAGCCAAGUGUUCGUCUAGGAAGGGGGUGGGGAAAUUGAUUUUUAUGAAGCUUUCUCCUGAUUGCUUUUGCAUGCUGGAUAAGGAAUAAAAAAGACUUUUUAAAUAUAGGUGAAUAUAUAGGUGAAUAAUAGCAGUGGCAGCCAGUGUGGUGGGACAGGAAUAUGGAGCCACCCUCCCAACACUGAUCUCACCUCAGCUUACCUGGAUGCUGGGUUUCCACUGGUACCCAUACAGUCCUAGCUUGGCAACAUCCUUCCCCACUCUAUACCCAUCCAGGUAAGCUGCAUCCCUCCCGAUUUUGGCAGGGCAAGUCCACAUCUCUGCCUCACCACACACACUGCUAGUAAAUAGCAGGGAUAAUGCAAGCUCUUCUCUGUGUUACGCAAGUAUCACCCAUGGCUGUCAGCUAAUAGAGUUGUAUUUUUGCUGCUCUUUAAAAGCAAGCUGAAUUUAUUUACAUUAUACUUCUCUGGGAACUUUUCUUAGCUUGAAGUCGUUCUCAGAUGGUAUUUAAAAACAAUGUUGCCCUUGGCAAGACACCAAAACUCCACAGUCCCCAUAUGAGUAUUUAGGAUCUGCGCAUCAGCAUUCGUUGCUUACAUGCCCCCCAACCCAAGUCUUCAGUGUGUUUGUAAGUUGCAAUACUGUCUGUCAUCACAGAUUAUGUGCUGCGUUCUUGUGAGAGUUUGGGCAAGCCUGUUACAGCUUGCCUGCUUUAAAAAAUAAUGACGUUAGAAAGUUAGGAUCAAAGUUGUGGUGGAAAUGCCAUUGCUUGCGAUUCUUAGAAUUAGAUUGGACAAAAGUAUGGAAAAAGAAUGUAAGGAGAAACAGAUUGGAUGGCCUAAUAACUUUUUCUUCCAUCUCUAACAUUUGCAGUGGAAGGGUUUUUUAAAAAUUGGUUUUCUUUCAGGAAACAGGGAAAGAUACAGCACAGAUCUUUGAAGACCGAAUGAAUCAAAUAUAUGAUUCUAAAGGCUACUAAAAUUACAGCAGCACAUCCAACUGAUACUAAGGGGGGACAAUGAUGAAGUUGCAUCUUAACUCUUUACACAAUGACUGCUGUGUCCAUAUAGAAACUCAGGUUGACUCCUGUGGCCAUUUAGCUCCAGCAAAAUAACAGUUGUGAUUUUCAUCUUAAAUAAGCUCCUUGAAUGGUGCAGGUGACCAUGGAAAUGACCAUCAUCAUUUACACAGAACUUUCAAUGUACAGCCUGCUCUGCAAAUAAAAAGUCCCUACCUGAAGGGUUUUCAUCUAAAAUAGGCACAAGAAGCAGCAGGGGAAAGGGAAGAUGAAGGCAGAGGAAGAAUGUGUGACUAUUUCAAUUACACAUACUCUGGCUUAGUCUCCACCUUACCAUAACUAAGCAGAUGAUCCAAAGGCUUCAUGGGAAAGCUGAGCACAGCAGCACUAAUGGUGGGGACUGUGGUUGCCAUUUUCUCUGCAGAUAUCCAUUUAGUGUGGCAUUAUCAAAUGGAGUUGUAGACCCACUGAAAUGAAUGACUAACUUUCACCCUCCCCCCCUCCAGCCGUAGUUGGAUACAAUCCAUAGUGUCAGUCCAGGGCAUUUGCAGGUGGAGCAAAGGCUGUCAAGAGGUGAUUCAUUGCCAGAACAGCCACAUAGGUACCAGUGAAAAUGAAAGCAAGCAACACCCCGCUCUGCCCAACCGAUGCACUUAAAUUAUCACAUUUUUCCACCUGCACAUGGUGUGGGGACAGAGAAUUUAGUGCAUUUUGCAGCGGCAUUUCCCCUUCCCUCCCAAAGCCCAAAGCCUCUUAUAAAAUCUGCUAAGGUCAUUUUGAUGCCCAUUUUAUAAAUGAAGAAUAAAUAGUUUUUCCAGACCAUGUAGGCUGCUGUUGGAAGCCAGUCACUUAACGUCCAUGCCCAAUACUCAUCCCCUGGACCACACUGUAAUUCCAGUGGAUUGACGUGCAUGCUUCUGUUCCCGGUAAAGGCUUGGAAGACCUUUGUACCCUUGAGCCGGAACCUUUUUAAAAGCACCAGUCAUCCUUAAGGCUGCAUCUGUUUGACUGGCACAUUUCAUGUCAGGUGAUGUUUAGUUUUCGCUUUCACUGCAGCCAACAUUUGAAUCAGAAUGAGGAUUAAGCCUUUUGUUUGCACAGCAACUGAUAGUUAAAUACCCACACCUUUGUUCAGUGGAUAGUAAAUUUAUGACAUCAAUCAAAGCAUUAGAUAUGGUAUGAGAACAAUUAGCUGUUUAAGAGAGGAUGUGCCUCUUCUGUCAUUUAUGCCUCUUUAAUAAUAGGCAUUAGGCCACGUGGUACCUAUUAAUACUGCAAGGUUUCUUAGCUGGGAAUAUAGACCUAAGAGUGGAUGUUAAGGAAUAAGCAAAAAUGUCAUUUCGUAGAAAGACAGACAUCUCUUCUCAUUAACUUUCUUCCUGCUGGUUAAGUAAGUUCACUGAUGAAUCAAGGUUUCAUUUGCAGUGAACCUUCACAAAGUAAGGAAAGAUUAGUCAGAGCCUCUCUAAAUGUAACAAAGUGUGAUCUACACAUUUUGUUUUGUUUAAAGCAUGAUACGGUUAUCCUAGAGGCUGUGCCAUUUCUGGAUGCAGAUGGUGGUGCAGGUGGGACUGAAUGCUCCUCCUCCUGGUCAGAAAACCUUUUGUCUCUGGAAAGCUAGGGUGCAUGAAAUAAUGGUUGCUUACCUGCUUAUUUUCUAUGUACAGGGAAGUUUGGCAUAAAACUGCUCUACCCCAGGAUUAUUUCACAUGUUUACUUAAUCUCUUUUUUAAAAAAACAAAGAAAAAGACAUAAUAUUUGACUGGUGGGGCUUGCAUUCAGUCUGGAUACAAAGAUCCAAGGAAAGAGAAGAGCCAAGGAUACUUGUCUGCCUUAAGGGACAAUGGAAGCUGAUGCAACUCACUCCCACAGGAGGCAAUGAUGGACAACAACUUGGAGGACUUUAAUAGAGGAGGUUGUCAAUGGCUACUAACCAUGAUUCCUGGGCUUUGUCUCCGCCGUCAGAGGCUUAAUGCUUCUGAAUACCAGUUGCUUAGGAGGGGAGAGUCAUCUUGUGCUUGGGUCCUACUUGUGGGUUUCUCACAGGCAUCUGGUUGGCCACAGUGAAAACAGAAUGCUUAACUAGAUGGGCCAUUGGCCUGAUCCAGUAGGCUCUUCUUAUGGAGACUUCCCAUCCCACUAAAAAAGGGAGGGAGGGAGAGAAUUGCCCAACCUGCCCUCAGUUCCAUCAAAAAAUAGAUAAGAAGACAUCCAGGUAGUGCAGCUGGGAUAUGGGAGGAACUCAGAGAUGUAAAAACAUACGCUGAAAUGAUAUACCCACAGUGAAUUUUUACCUCCCUUAGCUCUUUCCUUUCCACCAAUCCAUUUUCUACUCAAGCUCUAUCCACAAAACAAUGCAAGAAAAUGUAUGCAUGUGGUUGCAUAGCCUGUGGGAUUCUACGAAAGUUAUUAUGACCUUUGGUUUUAGCAAAUAAAGUGUUGACUGACAUUCAGAAGAAACCAUGUGAGAAUACCCUUGCCUGAUAUUUUAAAAAUUUUGUUUAUUUCAGCUGGCAAAUUACUGCAUUUGUAUUAAUAUUACAUCACUAGUUGUCUAAGAGAGGACCGUAGUCCAUUCUUUAAAAAUGAAAAUAACUUAUUUGACUAUGCACUUAUCUAGUCCUAAGAAUCAUUCAAGUCUCUUUUACCAACCUUUGAAGCAGAUUGGAGCCAUAUUUUCAUAUGGAUAUGUCCUCCAAACCCUCAAAUAGAUGACUCUCUCCCGUUAGACUUCUUUAGUUCAGGUGUUGAGAAAUCUGCACCAUAUUCAAUAUAUGCCUGGCAUCUAAGACACGCCUCAUCUUACUGCCACCUCCAUCCACACAAAGCAUCAGAGUGAGCUUUUUUAAAAAAAGAGAAGCAAGAACAACUGGUUCGAAUUAUGUAGCCUCACAACCUCUUAUUUCCUCUAGCCAGAACAACACUGACCCCCUGCUUGGCUGACCCUUUAGAGAUGGUUAAAGCCAUCAGUUAUAGUACAGCUGUAACAACUGCAGCUAUAUAAGUAAGUUUCAAUAAUGACCUUGGCAUCAGAAUCUUCAGUCACACCAUCUUCAUCUCACCUUGGUGAUGGGGAACCUGUGGUCUUCCAGAUAUGUACUUAAAAUACCCAUCGUCCCUAAUCACUGGCCAUGCUGGAUGGAGCUGAUGGGAAUGAGAAUCUAACAAAACAUCUAGAGAACCACAGCUCCUCAUUCUUGCUGCAAUGGCUUGGCAUACUUUCCUAAUGUAUUAGGACUAACAAGACUCCUUUUCCUUGGGGAUUAUAAUUUUAGAGGACAACUGAUGAACUGAAUUUUUGAAAUAUUUUUAAAGCCACUAAUUCAGACCCUCCAAGUGUCCCCAUUUUCUGGGGUGUCACUGAUUUAGAGAAGCCAUACCAGUUUCUGAUUUGAUCCUGGAAUGUACCACUUUUCCUUAGGAUGUCCCUAUUUUCAUUGGAGAAAUGUUGGAGGGUAUGGAGUUAUCUAACCCCCGAGCCAUCUGAAGGCAAUCCUGUAUAGGGAAUGUUGUUGUUUUUUAUAUUUAGUGUUUUAUUAUGUUUUAAUAUAUGUUGGAAGCUGCCCAGAGUGGAUGGGGCAACCCAGUAAAAUUAUCAUUAUGGAAUGGGAUGUCCCUAUUUUCACCGGAGAAAUGUUGGAGGAUAUACUAAUUCCAUCAGGUGGCAGAAGAGCCUAUUGUGACAUGUGUCUUGAAAUUUGAAGAACCCUGCAUUUUAAUAGAACGCUAGGCCCCUCCCCUCCCUGAACAUGCCCUUUACUAAUUAAAUCACACCACCCAUCAUGAAACCAUACCAAAGCUCAAAAACCUUCCUUCUGCCACAGUGUCAUAAACUUAAGGUGGAUAGAUUAUUCAGAAACUGACAGUAUUUCCACCAUUUCCCCCCAGUAAGUAAACGAACAAAAGUUUUACAUUAUUUUAAUAGCAUGAAGUACAAUACAAGGUCUUAGUUCUUCAAAAAUUGGCUGUUGGUUCCUGACCUUCAAAGUGAAAAGUCAGAGUUGGGCAUGGAAGUGUAAGGCCCAGAGUGGCAGCAAGCCAGCACUGAAACCAGGUGAACUCAGCAAGCCUUCAGGCUGCUUACUAAAGUACUCAGAGUCAGCAAAAGUCACUGUUGGCAAGAAACCUCUUCUUUCUGGUUUUGUAAUUUGCCUCGAUAGUCUGAAAGCUCUUGCUUCUGACCUUAUUACACAAAUAUUUCUUUUUAUUAAAAGGAACAUUUUUUCCUUGUAUGGGUUUAACAGCUAACUUGGAGUUAUAAAAAAAAAGUCACAGCGUCCAUGCUUUUGUCAUUAUUUUUACAGUGAAUUUGUGAGGUGUCUGACAGCUAUACAUGUAUUUUGGUAAAGACCUACAGGGAGAGAGAAAGAUUAAGCGUCUUGUUCUCCAUCCCACACUAGGAGCCAGAUUUCUCUCCUGUUAUUUAAAUGUAGCUAUCACUAUAAAAUUUGAGGCUGUCACAUUAUUUAUAAAGAUGGCUGGCUAUAUUAUCACACAUAGCUGUGGAGAUUUUCAGAGUGGAAAGCAGUUUGAAACAGGGAUUGAUCUUCGUUGGUAUAUAUACUCUCGGUCUCAUCCCACUUCUGCCCCUGGUGACCAGUUUUUGAAGAAGAGGGGGAAAGAACUCUGCGAAAUGUAUUUGACCAGAGGCAGCUGGGGGGCAGGAUCCAUUGGAGGAAAUGCUUCUCUUCAAGCAGUUUUUAACUCCCUUAAGAGCUAUUGCCUGCCUUCAUCCGUACUUGGAUGGAAGAAAUUACUGAACUUCACACUAAAAAAAACCCUCAACAGCCGGCCUACACAACUUGUGACCCAUCAAGCUGAAUGAAACCCACCAGUCACAUAUGGCAACCCACCAGGGAUUCAUUUCUACUUCCUGCUGGGUCUAGCCUACCCAGGGCUUUAGUAGGUAGCAUCAUCUGUUCAUGUCUCAUUGAGUAAAUCUUCAGUAAGUAGCAAAGCAGGUUCAUUAAUCUGAACAUUUCCAGUUUGCCUAUUUGAAUGCAAAUAACUUCUUCGUACACUAUUUUGUGAGGCUCUGGGAGUCUACUUUGUGUUCCUUAAUAGCCAAGUGAUUCUGAUCUUUAAGCAAGGGGUUGGUUUGAAGCUUGGUAGUUCUGCUCUCCGCUACAUAAAGAUUUUGCAUUGAUUCAUCCUCCAGCACUGAAUUAUUGACCUUAUCAGUUGCAUUUACAAUCAAGGGAGUAAAUUUUUCAGGAGCCUGCAGCCUGGAGUAGCUGCUUAUUCUUUCCCAAGUUCUAGCACUUGUGCCUCCCUGACAAUGUCUUAAAUCCUUUCCCUGGGAGGAGGACACCAGCGUUUGAGGAUUUUAGAACAACCACCUGGCCAACUGCAGAGAUCAUAGCGGUAGAACAGCCUCCACCAACCUAGUGUCCUCCAGCCAGUACAGGACAUAGAUUUGCAUAUAAUUUGCAUUGAUUUAUAUAAUUAUUUCUAACUAUACCUAUGCAUUAGCUAAUGUGAAUUAUAUGCAAAUCUAUUCCCUGUACGUCCACUGUGCCUGCUCAGUCUGCUGUCCAAUUGCUUGUCACUGAUGGGCAAUGUCAGGGUAUCCCUACUCUCUCCCUACUUACUGCUUUAUGUCUGUGACUUGGCCUGACAGCCCAUCAAACAGAAGACACCUUCAAAUGGAGGUCUGUCCUCUGGUAAUCCUUCAACUAGAGGACCACCCUCUAUAAAGUAGGACACAUGGCCACCCUACUUAGCUGGCAGCCAAUGGUGGGCUUGAUGAGCUAGCUGCAUUCUCUUAAUCCCUAGGGAUAUGGUACACCUGGGUUGAAUCAAGAGAAGUUACCAGGUGUUAGUAGCGACAUAAUGAGGUUAUGGGACAGACAGGGUCUGGAGAGCAGGUAUCUACAAUUCAAUAAACAGAGAAGCCUUUGUUGGAAGCAUGCAGAAGAGUGAUGGAGACUGUAACCCUAUGCCCACUUACCUGGGAAGAUGUUCCAUUGACCUCAGUGGGACAUACUUCUGAGUCUACAUGUGUAAAAAUGUACAGUGAGUGUGUAUGAUAACACUGUUUAGCCUUAUUAGAAGGCAGAGAUGGAAAUGCUGUAACUUGCCUUUUCCUGUGGUUAAACCACAGAGCCUAGGACUUGCCGAUCAGAAGGUCGGCGGUUCGAAUCCCCGUGACGGGAUGAGCUCCCGUUGCUCGGUCCCAGCUCCUCCCAACCUAGCAGUUUGAAAGCACUUCAAGGUGCAAGUAGAUAAAUAGGUAUCGCUCCAGUGGGAAGGUAAACAGCGUUUCCGUGCGCUGCUCUGGUUCGCCAGAAGCGGCUUAGUCAUGCUGGCCACAUGACCCGGAAGCUGUAUGACGGCUCCCUCGGCCAAUAAAGCGAGAUGAGCGCCACAACCCCAGAGUCGGCCACGACUGGAUCCAAUGGUCAGGGGUUCUUUAUGCAAUCAAGCUCUGAACACAGCCUGCUCCGCACACCUAGUAUCACUUAAAUUGAUGUGUGAGGAAAGAUUUUAUGUUUUGUCCCAAAGCCCCAUGCAAAAAGAAUAGUCUGCUACAAAACUGCUCAGGAUGCAAGAUGUGGGAAAGAAACGAAACCUCAGUGUCCUUUUGGCUUCUUAAAUUGGACACCCCUCCCCACAAGAUACAGUUCUCUUUCCCAUAAGACUUCACACUGUUUUGAAUGUCAAGGUACAUUAUGUGAAAUUAAGACAAGUUCACCUCAGGACAUAAACAAUUACAAAACUGAAUAAGGGUCGACUGAAGGGACAGGAAACAGUGGCAGAGAUGCAAGAGUUAAGGUUGUCGAUCCUUUCAUAUGUCUUUAUUCAACAACUAGAGUACCAAGUAUACAUCCACACAUACAAAAGAAUCCUUUACAGAGUUACAGUUCUCAGCACCCUUAAACUACAGUUCCCAGGAUCCUUUGUAGGAUGCCAUGUGCUUUAGAUGUGCAUUAGAUGUAUGGUGUGGUUGUGACCUACAUUUCAUUUCAUUUUACUCUCUUUUAUUCAGAAGACUGCAGUUAAACUCAAGUCCAUAAGACAGAUACAGCAUUGGCAUGAUUUCCCCUAUUUUUCAAAAGAUCUUCCAUUGCUAGAAACUGUGAAGACAAUGUGCUUUGCCAGCACAGACCAACAAUGUAUCAUCCGUCAGUAAGUUCCUAUGAGCUUGUAUAGACUGCAUUUGCCUAACAGGGGUGACAUCAUCUUGGUACACUCUCGGCUCAGCUCAGGAACUAUGCAAAACUCAUAUCUACAAAGAAUGGCCACCUGUGUAUAUGGAAGUGAUGUUUUCUCAGGCAUGGUUCCUGACUGCUAUGUAUAGAGCCAACUUAAGUCUUCUUUCAGUUGAAUGACCAGCAGCAGCUUGGGUGUGCUACGCAUAUUGACGGGAUCCAGCUCACCCCUCCUAUCAAAUAUUUACCCUUCAAACGGAAAAUGAUUGCAGUCAAGAAACUGUUUUCAGGGAGCUUGCUUGAAACAGUGUAAUUGGGCUCACUGAAAAUAAUAAAUAUAUUAAUCUCUUCAAUUUGAUAAGGACUGGGGAAUUUUUAUUUUUCUGACUUCAUAUUGCAAGAUAGUUUGGAGGGAUUUCAUGUUGUCAUUUUAGUGAGGUUGGCAUGUUGGCGUCGUUGGAGACCAAGAAUACCUGUUUAAUCCCUUACUAGGAAAUUCAGCUACUGUCUUUGCACCUUUAUGAGUGGUGUGAUGGGCAGCAGUUAGCAGGUAAUGACAUUGAACUCAUUUGUAUUGGGAGAGAGGCAAUGGGAGUGCUACCCUGUUGGUUCUCUUCACAUCUCAGGGGCUUUUGACACCGUUGCCAAUGGUGUUCUUCAGGAGCAACUGAGGAAGGUGGUGGUACUAUCUUAAAGGGGUUCUGCUCCUACCUGCAGGGUCGCUACCAGAAAGUAGUACUAGGCGAUGGUUGCUCAGCUUCGUGGCUUUGGACCUGUGAGAUCCCUCAAGAGCCCAAGCUGUCUCCUUUGCUAUUUGACACCUAUAUGAAAUCGUUGGGAGCUGACAUCUGGGGAUUUGGGGCACGGUGUCAUCAAUAUGCUGACGAAACACAGCUCUAUUUUUCCAUUCCAUUAGAACUGUGAAGGUUAGAGGCUGUGAAGGUUUUGGACAGACAUCUGGAUGGGGGUCAAUAAACUGGGGUUAGGGAGGGGAACAAGUGUUUGUAGGGUCUUCUGCCAUAGGUACCAAAAUAACUUGGUUGGCUUUGGAUAUUUUGCACCUUGACUUGGUGGGAAGCCUCAGGCAGCAGAUUGUCUUGGGUCAGUCUUGCCGAUGAAACUCUAUAAUAAAAAGCAGCAGGUAAGAGAGUUGAGAAUUAGACCAAGCAUCAAAAUAAAACUCUUGUUUUGAGUUUCCGAAGACACAUCUGAAAGUUCUGACUUUAGUGACUGAAUCUAACUCAGCGGCCCAGUUCACUUUGGGCAAACCCUGACUCAACAUUAUGGUUUGUUUGAAGUGAAGGAACCAUGAUCCCCAGUUCAGGUGUAAUGACACAUGCGGGAUCAUGGUCUGUCACUCCCAUUAAUUGGGGGGAGGAGUGAGCUGAGAGCCUUCUGUGCAUUCACAAUAAUCCUCUAAGAUUUUCUGCAACAUGCAAACACUGCCAAUGUUUUGAUAAUGGAAUUAUAAAAAAUAAAAAUAAAAAUCCCCUUCACCCCCUAAAGUGGAGGGUGAAAGAUAUAACUUCUGGCUGAUAUAUUAGCUCACAGAAUAAUUUCCUGCUUGCAGAGAGUUUAUCUUCCAACCAUGUAUCAUUCCAAAUCAGCUUAAAAUGUCAGUUGCACCAGGAAUAAGUGUCUGGGAUUUUUAAACAGAACUCAAGCACUGUCUCUGGACUCCAAAGAAUUAAGCAACUCUUUCAAGACUUAAAACCAAGAUGUUGUGGAAUCCUUCAAUUAAAAAGCAGCCCUACUCUUUCUUAAGACAGAAGGCAAAGAAGAUAAACAGCCUUUAAAAAUCUGGCAGAAUAUAAAUAUUCAUCCAUGUGGAGGCCCUACUGAUGUGCUUAGGCAUGCUUUCAUACAGAAUGUGCAUCGUGUCUCCUUGUCUCUCUCCCUUUUUCUUCAUUUCUUCACAAUUUGGCUUCAUGGAAUUCUGUUUGUACCUCUUACCUUCAUUUUUGCUUCUCCUGUAAUGUUCAUUCGCAUGGAGGGAUUCAUCCCAUCAUUUCUAUUUCCAGAUGUUAGUUGAUUCCAAAGUGCCCUCUCCAAAGUAUGUUUUAAACCUCCCCUGGUGCACUUUAUGUUCCACUUUACAUGAUUCAACUUGCAGUUGGUUGGAGCAAACAUUAUGGAUGGCCACUUACCUGUAUUAAAAUGGCCACAGUCACAUACUUAAACGGGACAUUUUGGUGGACCAGUUUGCAUCACUUGCCUGGCAGUGUCCGAACAGCUCAUAUAGCAAUAAUCACAUGAUCACUGAGAAAUGUGAUGUGAACUUAGUGACAUCCUAGUCAUAAACAUUUGGCUUGUGAUGUGUUCACAGUACUGAUCUGACAGUUGCUCUAACGUGGUCUGGGGAAUCCACGUUUAGUUUCAUUCUGGAUCAGGAAUGAUUCAAAUGUGUGGGGCCGGCUUCAACUCAAUAGUUGUGCUGGCAGGAGCCAGAGCAACGAGUCCUGCUGGCACAAUGGGGCUUGCUCAUUUCUGCUCCCCGGUAUGCCCCUGCUUUCCUCAGCUCAGUGGGGUCUGGAGAACCCCCCAAACAGCACAUCAGGGGAGGGGAGAUAGUUCCAUCAGCAGAAAUGCUUAUGCUGAUGGAAGAAUCAUAUUAGCAUGAUGUUGAAUUUCAUCCAUGGUACCUCUAGCUCAGGCUUCUUCAAGAUGUUUUUAAGACUACAAUUCCCAUCAUCCCUGGCCACUGGUCCUGCUAGCUAGGGAUCACGGGAGUUGUAGGUCAAAAACAUCUGGAGGGCCGAGUCUGAGGAAGCCUGCUCUAGCUGGAUUGCUACAUUCAUUGCACAUGGAUAGAUACGUUCCAGUUGUUGGAUGAGAAAACAACCACAGUGCCAAGAAGAUGAUCAGUGCUUUAUGUUUUCCCAGCACAGAUACCCUGUUUCCCCCAGAACAGGCAAUCAGCUCUCACUCUAGAUAGAGAGAUUACGCUAAAAAAAAAAAAAAAAGAGGCUACGUAUUCCCUUCUAAUAGAUAAGGCAUGUUAUUUAUAUUAUUACUGUAUCAUGUUGAAGUUCAGUAUUUACACUUUAAAUACUCUAGGGGGUGCAUUUACUCAGGGAAAAUCAAUAGUUAAGACUUCUGACUCAGUCCUAUGGCACAAGAGCUUUCCACACAUUUUUCAAAGGAUCUGCUGACAAAGCAAGCUCAGCACUUCCCCUUGCUGUUCCUCCUUCUGCCCAGCCCCCUGCAUGUUUAAUUGGUGUCAAGACUUGUCCCUUCUUCCCAGUUGCCACUGUUCACCACUGUCAUUUUUAUGUUUUGUGUGCACAUACAUACACAGACAUUUUAAAAUGGGCAGCAAGGAGAAUAGCAUGAAUCACCUGAAAAGAGUGAAAGAGGGAUCAGGGAGCUAUCAGCAGUGCCAUAGAUCAGUGGGUGGGGAUUACAUACCUGCCAACUAUAUGCAUUCAAUAAAACUUUGUCCAAAUAUGAAUCAAUGAGAAAUGAAGAACUUUCACAAAUUCUAUUUUCAAUCAUUCCAUUGUAAUAGAUUGGCAUUCCCUAAACACUUCAACCAGCAUCUCUGCCUCUAAGCCACAUUUAUUUGACUGUAUUACAGCGCACACAGCAUCUGGGUUACAGCAAGUUGCCAUAGUGCAAUGCAUGCUGCAUGCUAAGUAUAUAUUUGCUGGCAUAGGAAAUAUAUAGGAAUGGCUCUUUUGCUUAUUAUCCUGUACAUGCUCACCUAGACAGUCACUGAAUUCAGCUGCUUAGCAAGAACCUGACUAAUGUGAAUGCAGUUGGGAGUGUGAAUGAAUGUGAGUGAUGGACAGGUACAUCUUCAUCACAAUUUUGUCCCACCUUUCCUCCAAGCAGCUCAUAUGUUUGGGGAGGGAGAAGUACAGGACCCCCCCCCCCCAUUACAUCCUCACAACAACCUCCAAGGAUAUCCUAAUGCAGCUUUAAAGUCUGUGGAUAUACCUGCUGAUCGAAGAGCCCAAGGUCACAAGUAGGAUUCACAGCUAAAUACUAUUGUACCUAAGUAACUCUGGUCCAUGGUCUGUGCUCUCUGCCUACCAUAUCACACUGUCUACAACACAAGUUUGUGAUGUUCAGCAUUUACUCCCAAAGCAGGUGCCUUAUUUGUUCUAUUGGCGCUUUCCCAUUUUAUGAGUCUUCAGAAAGUCAACUGGUGCAAAUUUCUCUCUCUCACACACACACAGUUCUGCUUCUCCAUUGAAAUCAUAGUUACUGCUGCAUUACUGAAUCACUGCUGAAUCAUUGUUGCAGACCAAAGACCAAUGACAUAGUAAUAUUCCUAUAGUGCCUGUAAGACAGAAAUAUGCUCGGAAACUGACACAUUGGGGGAAAGGGGAGUUCUGGCCCCCUCGGUUCAGUUUUUAUCAUACAAUUCAUGCUACAAAAGGGUAAAGUAAUUAUGGGAAAACACACUCCGUUUUCCAAGGGCAACAUUAUAACCCUGCUCAGUUUCUUAGAAACACUGGGUACACAUGAAUGAAUAUUAGUGCUGAGACAAGCCAGUGGGCUUAUACCCCUCAAACAUUUACAUACCUCUCAAAAAGUAUGCUCUGUGCUCAGCAGGGACACUUGAAAGGCACAAAGCUGUCCACCAAUAGAUUUUAGGAUUCAUUCAUUACUCUUAAACUAAGCUUUCAGUGUUUAUAGCUGACUACUUUUCUACACUGCUUAGGAUGAUUGGCAUGUGUUGCAAAUGGCUGGUACUGUAAGACUGAAAUCCAGUGCACACUUACCUGGGACUCUGAAAGUAAGUCCCAGUAAACUUAAUAAGACAGGUAGAAGAUUUCACUAAUUUUUUCACCAAGAGCAGAAGUCUUAAUUUUGAAGGCUCACAGUGUUAUUGAAAAUGGUGGCUGCCAUUUCUAAUUUACUAGUCAGGUGACCCAUUAACCAUAAACAUGGAUUACUGGGGGGGCGGGCAUGGCUGGCCACAAUUAUAGAACUAUCACUAUCCUUACUGAAAAUCAUUUUGGUUCUGUCGAGGCUUCAGGUGGUUCCCCUGAUGAAAUCUUUAAAAAAAACACAUUUUGCUUUAAGUAAAAUUGCAUGGAUCCACUAGUCCCAGGUUUUCCCAGUUUUAUCCUCUGUAUGGAGAGUUUCUUCAACAGCCCUUGACUCCAGUGCUGUAGAGAAUCAGAUGGUGCCCACAGAAUAACUUUACUAACAACCUACAUUAAUGCUUUCUGUGGGUCCUGGUUAGGUCUGUGAGCAGCCCCAUAGAGGAGGAAAAAAUAUCUAGUCUUUGAUUUCCUUAGAAAUCCAGCAAAGCUCAAGCAGAAACUAUCCCAAACUCCAUUUUUUGCCUAAUGGCAACUAUAAAUUAGCUUACUGUAUACCUACUGUUUUGUUGUGAAUAAUAUACCUAUUAGGGAUCUUAAGCAUAGUCAUAGAAACCUAACAUACAAAUUUGGGAAGCAAAUAUUAUUGUAGGAGAAAAAGAAAUCCCCCAUUACUAUCCAUUAAGCAUUAUAAAAGAGAGAAACAGGUCUUUGGGUGCAGAAAUUUACAUUGUUCUCAGCAUCUUGUAAUUGGAAGUAGAUUUGAUUUUUAUUUUUUUGCUGGAAAGCAAACAUGCUUUUAUUGGCUUGAAGAGAUUACUGGCCAAAGUGCCAUUUAUCACAGUGGUACAUAUUGAACUCACAGCCGAGGAGUAUUCCUUGCACCUUAGUAUUAAAACGAUGGCUGGAGGCUCAAUACAUAUGUUUUAUUCAUUGAAGAUGAUGUAUAGUUUGGAUUAACUCUCUGGACAAUGUCAUCAAUCAUCAUAAGGCAAGCUCCCAGUAGUGCUAGGGCAUACUGUUGUACAUAGAUAUGUUUUUACACCCGAUUACAUUGUGAAUGAUAAUAUGACUUCUUAAAGAUAUAUACUGAACAUUAAUGGCUCUAGUUGAAAUAAAUAGAUGUUGCAUAGUAGCGGUACCAGAUUUGCUGGAUUGUGCCCCAGUUUAAACUAGGCAGGUGCGCCAAGUAUUGGGGACUGAGGGCUCUUCAGCCUCCCAAAAAAAUUCAAGGAGGGGGCUGCCCCCCCCCCAAAAUCCUGUGGCCCUGCUCUGCCUCCUCCUCCCUGCCCAUUGUCGCACAGGUAGAAGGAGGCCAAUUGUGGAGCCCGGCAGCUAUGCUCCAGGAUUGUGUGGCAGCAGCUCCCAGCGAGAUCUCACAAGAUCUCGCCAGAAGCAACACAAUUCUGGUAGGUGAUGUUUCGGCCAGGUGGAGGUGACACCUUCCUGUUUCACCUCAGGUGGCAAAACGGGACAGGCUGCCCCUGCGUAGAUGCCAUACUGAUAGAGUAUGUCUGGCUUUUAAUACAAAUCAGGCAACUAGGCAGGUAAGGAGCUGGAACAAAAAGGGAAAACAAUCAAUCCUACUAUUUUUAACAGGCCACAUCAUGUCACAGAGAGAGCAUGGGAGCCAAUGUUACAAGUUUCUAUACUUGAGCACUGAAUGCACAAUAACAUUUUGAAAGAGGAGCCAUCUAGUGGCUAGUAGCAUUGCUGAAUCUGAGCUGCCAGAAGACAUUGCAAGAAAUGCCUCGCUUAGAAUUUAUGAAAAUAACCACUGUUGGGCCUUUUAAAUGAUGACAAUAUAGAACAUCUUUUCUCUGUUCUUUUCUUUUCUUCUUUUCUUUUCUGUUCUGUUCUUUUCACAUAUGUGUUCCAAAUAUUAAAAUAUAUAGAGAGUCAAUUUGUUGUCAGGACUUACCGUAUUUUUCGCCCUAUAAGGCGCACCGGUCCAUAGGACGCACCUAACGUUCGGGGGGGGGGAAUCAAGAAAAAAAUAUGAUUCCCCUCCUCCCAGCUCUGGGAGCAGCGGACAGGCUGCACGCAGCCUGUGCGCUACUCCAAGACCUUCUCCCUGUUUUUGCGGAAGGUGGAGGAAUUCCCCCACCUCCCGCAAAAGCCCACAGGAGGGAGAAGGGACUGACUCAGCCAGUCAGUCCCUUCUCCCUCCUUGGGGAAAAGCCCCCAAGAGCUGCGCGCUCUUUAAAGGCUGCGUGGCUCUUGCGGGCUUUUCUGCGAGGUGGGGGAAUUCCCCCGCCUCAUAGAAAAGCCCGCAGAAGCCACGCAGUCUUUAAAAAGCGCAUGGCUUCUGGGUGCUUUUGCGGGAGGUGAGGGAAUUCCCCCAUCUCCCGCAAAAGCCCACAGGAGGGAGAAGGGACUGACUCAGCCAGUCAGUCCCUUCUCCCUCCGGGAAAAGCCCCCAAGAGCCGCGCAGGCUUUAAAGAGCGUGCAGCUCAAAGUGGGGUCGGGGAGCAGCGUGAAGGCGUCUGGGGCUGGCGAUGGGGGAAGCGCUGCGCUCCUCCACCGCCAGCCUCUAAGCCGGGUUGGAGAGUAGCAGGAAGGCGUCGCUCCCCUUCCCGCUGCCCCCCAUCCUCUGGGGCUGGUGAUGGGGGAAGCGCUGCUUUCCCCCACCGCCAGCCUCAAAGAGCAGACUCUCCUGGCUUCAGUGAAAGCAUUGCGAAGCCUCCGGAGCAGGCUUCGGAGGCUUUGCGUUGCUAUCGCUGAAGCCAAGGAGCCUGCAUUCGCCCCAUAGGACGCACACACAUUUCCCCUUAAUUUUUGGAGGGGAAAAUGUGCGUCCUAUAGGACGAAAAAUAUGGUAAUCACUGAAACAAAUAAAGAUUACAAAAGUUACAAUUGAGGUGUUGAUAUUAAAUAGACAAUCUGUCUCCCUCGGUGUUCCUUUGAGUAGAGGAGAUGGAGGAGUCUUAAAAGGUCAGGGGAAUCUCUUUUUAUGAUGGGUAUUCCAAUGGUGGCCUGCAUUUGCCACCAAGACAAUGUCUCCUUUAAGAAUGCAGGUUCACGUUAAACCUCAGUGUUGUUUUAUAUAUUGUAUAUUCAUUGUUUUAAAUUAAUUCUCUCUAGACAAAAUAAAGUGUUGUACUACAUUGCAGCCUCACUGUUAGGAAUGAAGAUAGAGGGGACAGUACAGGAAGGCCGACACACACAACUAAAAUGGAGAGCAUUCAAGUCAUAGAAGAGUGGUAAGUUUGCUGUUUGUCUUCUCUAAUUGCCUCUUACCAUAAACUAUGAUGGCCGCAAUCUUCUGCACACAUACUUGGGACUAAGUCCCACUGAACUCAAUGGGCGGUAUCAAUGGCUACCUUAGCACAAAGAUCUCUGUUUGUGCCAUGGAACUUCCUUCCCUCUCCUCUUCCCAAAUCUGCUCUGGACGGUUGGGGAAAACACAGAACAAGUUGGGGAAGAGAUGAGUAGAGGGGAGGGAAGUUUCAUUGUGUAGCCAGAAUAAGGUUACCAGAUUUUUUUCAAUGAAUCCGGGGACACUUUUCAACUUCAAUGGAUUUUGUAUGGGGACUGAUUUGUAAAUCCGGAGACUGUCCCCAGGAAACGGGGACGUCUGGCAACCUAAUGGAACUACUUUGUUGUGGCUUACUUCUGAGUAAACAUGUACAGGAUUGCACUGUUAGUUGCUUCACUGUGUGUGCUUUCCUGUAAUUCAUACAAAAGCAACAACCAGAAAUUUGAGUUUCAAUCAGCUGGUCUUCAUGUAAUAUAACAGGAUAGGAGCAUUGCUGAUGCAUGAUUGUGGUAUAAAUAAAAUAAAAUAAAGCAUGCUUUCUCCUUUCUGUCAGCAUAUCAAUGAAUAAUCAUUUUUUUCUGUGCAGAAAAAUAACUGUAAGAAGCGCAAGUGUGUGUUAAAACUCCUGUGUUAUGGUUAUGGAAAUACAAAUUCUGUGCCAAGAAAAGCUGAACUCAUCAUCAUGUAUAAAUUAGGAAAUUGAAUAAAUUUUGCACACUGACUCUUUUGCGUAAUUUAUUUUGCUUGUCAUGGUGAGAAGCAAAUAACUAUAUGGAGCCCUGAGCUCUGCUACCAAACUAUUGGCAUUCUUAUUCGUCCAUACUUCUAUGCCUUCUUACAGUUUAGUAAGUCACUGUUAAUUUGUUUUUAAAACUGUUUAUCAGUUUCUGAUAAUUACUAUAAUUACUUGCUGUUCUUAAUAUCUGUUUUUAGCAUUAUUUUAAUGUAUAUUUUAUACUCUUAUGUAAACUGCUUACAGGUAUGGGCUUGUGUGUGUUCUUGCCCUCUCUCCUCCUUGUGCAAUAAAAGGGGAGUGAAAGCUUCCACUUUCGCUAUUGAAUAAACCACAGUUCCAUGUUAUGUAUGAACCUAGAGAACUGUGGAUAGUUAUAACCAAUGUUAGUUACAAUGGUUUGAUACAUAACAGAUUGUGAAACUAACAGGUUGCUUAUUAGUUAAGUAACAGGCUGUUAGUUUGUUAACUAACAGGUUGUAGAAACAUGCUGGCAAGCAUGGGGGCAAUUCCUACUGAAAUCUCAGAAACCAGAUCUUUUAAUUAAUGCAAGUGGAAGGCUAAGGAAGACACAGUUGAAAUUUUAAUGGUCAUCUGAGCUGGGUCUCUCUGUUGCAUCAUCCAUUGAGGAUUCACACAACUGACAACACUCAGCUGAGGUUCUGGAAGAGCAGGGAAGUUCAUCCCUUGUUCUGUCGUCAGAUACAUACCCAUGUCACAAUUACACUGAUGUAGUUACCUUUCAGACAUACGUGCUGCCUUAUACUGAGUCAGACCAUUAAUCUAUCUCACUCAGUGUUGUCUACACUAGGAGCAGACAGCCUUCUAGGCCCAAAGUGGCAGUGUGUGAGCUUUUGGAUCCAGUGGGUGUGGUUAGUGAUAGGUGUGGCUGGAGCCAGUGUUGCCAUAUACAGAAUUCACAUGCACACAAUUUUCUUUUUCUUUUGCCCCAGUUUUUCCUUUCAUUGGUUUUUCAUUAGCCUCCCUACCCUCUUUCAUUUGCCUCCCUUUACACCAUCAAUUUCUGACAUUAUACUGCUGCUCCUCCCUUUUUAUAUUAGUUCAAGUUAUUGGCCUAAUCCUGUCUUAUUGAUAACCUUACUACAUGCUAUAAAUUACAAACAUAAAAGUAUUGGAGCUUACUGUUGUUGUAGUAGUUAAGUUAAACUAUUACACCAAUUCAGGAUCUGAGAUUUUUAAAAAUUGCCUUCAUGGUUUUCAGUCUAACUUUUUUCUUCCCUUUCCACUUCAAGGUAAUGCCAUCUUGUGGUCCAGAAUGAUUUUUCAUAACAUAGCAUCCAUUAGUUUCAAAGAAUGGUAUCCCACAUUUCUGGUCUUUAUAAGUUGAAGAAAGGUUUUAAUAAUCCAUUGCACAGCCAUUUUGUUUAUAGAAACAAAUUUUAAUAUCCUUUUUAGAAUUAAUUCACACGUCUCAUGUUUCACCUCUGGCCAAUUUAAGUCAAAGAGUGAAGCUCUCAUUGGAGAGGGUUAUGGUGUGUGUGGGGGGGUGUAAAUGCAUGCCGGGGGGGGGGCGUGCACCUGCUCUCCACCCAUGCUUGCUGACUUGUCAGUUUGAGGAAAUAUCUGUUGUUGUGAGGUCUGCGUUUUGGGAUUAGGAUAAGAUUUGUAUUUCCAUGGGAGGCAAAAUGUCUCUUCCCAAUCCCAGCGCUCAUCUCUGACUCCUGUACAUAACCUGACAACCUACUUCUGUCUUCUCUUUCUAAAUAUGAAUUGUUUGACUGCUAGCUUUUAGAAUUAGAAACACUGAAUAGCUUUUCGUUGUUGUUGCUGCUGCUGCUCUUGUCAUUGUUUGUUUGUUUUGCAGCCAAAACCCUACAGAAGAUGAAAUCCUGUCUUGGGCUCAAAAUUUUGACAAGAUGAUGAAAACACCAGCCGGUAGGAAUAUUUUCAGAGAAUUUCUUCGAACAGAAUAUAGUGAAGAAAACUUGCUGUUCUGGCUAGCAUGUGAAGACCUGAAGAAGGAACAGAACAAAGAAAUUGUUGAAGAAAAAGCAAGGCUUAUAUACGAAGACUACAUUUCUAUACUUUCACCCAAAGAGGUAAUACCAUAAAUUCCAAAUUGGCAUACAAGCUUGGGGUCAAAUGUGGCCCCAGGCCCCUUGCUCUCUCUGGCCCUUGGAAUUCUCUGAGGGCCGUGCCCUUCAUCUGCUCUGCUCUGCAUUCCCCUUGAGUGUUUUGACUGGCCUGAACUAUGAUAAUUCCCCUUGCUUGUUGGGUGAAGAAUGGAGAGAGAUAUGAUUUGUGCAGCUGGAAUGUAGUCUACAAAAACAAAGGGGAAAGUUCCAAACCCCUGCCAUAAAGGCUUACAGUUGCCUUUAGGUUAGAAAGCAUGAAGUAAACUCCUUCACAAGUGGUUGGUAAAGGCGCCAUAAGCGAUAAACUCUUUGCUGUAAUGCUCUCUAACAAAGGGAAGUGAAAACAAGAUGGCAGCAGCUGUUCAGCAAAGUGAUAGUGCAAAGCAGGCAUUAUGCCUGACAAUGGAGAGAGUCCUGGGAAAGGUUGAGGCAGAGGGUUGGGCUUGCUUUGCAACCAAACGGGACUAACAAUGUAUGGAACAGAUAAAUAAAUACCUGAAAUGGUCCUAUGUCUAUGCUUUUCCACCCAGGCCAAUGACUCAGUAGUUCAGGCAAAAAAUGCAUAGGUUUGUAUCAUUCCAUUUUCAUUUGCUUUGAUUUAAAGAAACACAGUACAUAGCAUAUCAAUCAUACAACUGAUAAAGAUGUCAAAGGGUUUAGGACAGUCCUUCCAUGUAGGCAAGAUCCAGUUGGUGACUGAGUAAGACUGAAGCCUUAAAGUGAGAUCUGUAUACCUUUCUUGAGUGAGGGAUUGAUCAACUUCUCUUCCUCUUCUCUUUAGGUUAGUCUAGACUCACGGGUGCGAGAAGUGAUCAACAGAAAUUUGUUGGAUCCCAAUCCGCAUAUGUACGAAGACGCUCAACUUCAGAUCUAUACGUUAAUGCACAGAGACUCUUUCCCAAGGUUUUUGAACUCUCAGAUUUAUAAGUCUCUUGUCGAAAGUACUGUGGGCUCUACUUCUGAAACUUAGGUCUGUUUGAGAGGGGCU